CACGUUGUCAAUGAACGCAAAUAAAGUGACUGGAAACACGCGUGUCUCUGUGUCUAGACAUACGCAUAUUUACAUGAAAAGGGUGUCUAUAACGUGUGUCUCGCAUAUCACUGAGGGAGAGAAUACAGAGACGGGUCUCUGUGUGUGUUGUGUAACGGGGUAUUCAGAUAAAACUCAUAUUUACAAAAACAACGUUUUUAUAUAGCACGUGUGUGUGUGUGAUAUAAAGUCUCAAACUCAGACCCAUCUCAGACCUUCCAAGUCUCUCUUUUGGCCAGCGACGUCCCUGAUUUACAGAAGCUGUCCUAGUUUCUGAUUUUAUAUAUAUACAGGGUGAGUCUUUUUUAAAAAGAGUAUCCAGUGGGCCUCUUCGAAAGGACUCACCCUGUAUAUAAAACACUGUUUCUCAGGUCAGCUCCCUAUUUGGUUCACUUUUCCUGUUUGCAAUGCAUAGUCUGUCACACACCAACUAUAAGUAUCAGUUAUAUAUAUAUAUGAAGCUUUUUACACGUGAAAGUCAAAUGCAAGGAAGCAUCCAGAAGCCACAAAGAGAUGGAUCUUGUCCUUUGAGCUCCCUGGAAAUUUAAUUCAGAACCAGAGAUUGUCUUUUAAAGUCCAACUGGAGUGGACUGUUGACUGUUGAUCUGAAUUGGACGGAUGCUUCAGAUACUUUCAAUUGUGGCUACUAUUCUAUAUAUAUAUAUAGAAUUAAAUUUCCCUGAAUUAAAUUUCCAGCUUCAAGACUUAUUUAUGCCCACAAGCCUAUGCAACAGUGGCUUGAACCAUUUUUUUCCAGGACCCAGCCAUUUUGCAGAUUUUUCUGCACUGCUUUGAAUGUUUUUUUAUACUGCUGUACACACAUUCUGGAUGUUUUGCGAUUGAGCGAUACAUAAAUAAAAAUACCGAUUUAUUUUUUUCUAAUGGUAGGCGGAGAGCUAGCUGGGCAGUCCCACAGUUUGGUGCCACAACUGAGAAGGCCCUGGAUUUUAUUUAUUUAUUUGUUUAAAAGAAUUUAUAUAAUGCUUGAUUUAAAACAAAAGAAAACAAAAACCCCAAGCCUCAAAGCGGUUUACUGUGCUUCUGACAGUGGGGGCAUCAUUCAGCCUAAGGCCUCAGGAAAACACAGCAGAGGGGAGUUGGUACAUGGGAAGAGGUGUUCCUUCACAUAGUUAUAAAUAAAUUCAUGGAUGUCAGAAUCUACCGUAUUUUUCGCUCCAUAAGAUGCACCUGACCAUAAGAUGCACCAAGUUUUUAGAGGAGGAAAACCAGAAAAAAAAUAUUCUGAACGAAACAGUGGCUGUAUGAUUUUUGUGGUUCAUGCUGUGGCCACAGACAUGUGAUCUGAUGGUGAAUUUGGGGUGACCCAAUGCAAAAAUCCUGAGGAUCCAUGUGGAUCCGUGCUUUGUAACCACGUUUUUGCGCCAUUCUGGCCCCACGCAACAGUGUAUGUGUGAUUUUUUUGGUGCAGGCUGUAGCCAUGGACAUGCUAUGUGAUCUGAUGGUGAAUUUAGGGUGACCCAAUGCAAAAAUCCUGAGGAUCCAUGAGCUUUUACCUCCCCCCUCCCAGGCAGCCUCCGCUAGGGUCCCUUAUCUCCCUCCCGAUCCCACCGAUCAGCUGCUUCCUUUCAACACCCCCUUCCCACUUGUUUGCCUUAGUGUCUUUUCCUUAGCUGGAGCAGUUUUUUGCUCCUCCUUUUCUUCUAAUUUCUCUCCUUAUUGCUUUAGUCUUCCUGUUUCCCCCCUUUGCAAGUUUGCUGUCUUUACCUCCCCCCUCCCAGGCAGCCUCCUUUAUCGCUAGCCUCCCUUAUCUCGCUUCUGAUCGUUUGCGAUCAGUGGCUUCCUUUCAACACCCCCUUCCCUCUUUCAAAAAAAAGAGCAAAAAAGAGAGAGCAUGAUCUGUGUUAUGUACUGAAGUUCUCACCCUGGGCCAGCAGGGGAAUACUGUAGAUAGUUUUCACUCAGGUCCACAUAUGCAAAUAAGGGAUUGAAAGUGACGUUCAGUGAUUGGAUAGUUACAGAAAGUUGUUACAGUUGCUUUGUAGUGGAGCUCUAUAUAACCAGGCUGGCUGAACCCUUCAGUUCAGUUCUGUUCUGACCUGUGAAUAAACAAGAGCUGUUUGAAGAAUCGCUGUGUUGUCUGAUAUGUUCACCCACAACUUAACAAUCUGAUUUUCGCCCCUGGGCAAUUCGGCUCCAGGGACAAUGCAUUCUCUCCAUAAGAAGCACAGACAUUUCCCCUUACUUUUUAGGAAGAAAAAAGUGUGUCUUAUAGAGCAAAAAAUACGGUAGCUAAUAUUUGGGAUAGUAAGGGAAAAUGCAAGCUACAGAACUUCGCCAGCUUAUUCAAACCAGCCUGGUCAAGCUGGCUGAAUGCAAGCCAAGAUGAAACAAUGGCCGGGCAUCUACGUAUUUAAGAAGGUUCUCAGGUCUGUUCAAAACAGGGGUUUGCCGAGGUGUGUGAGGUGACAGGGAAAAGCGUUGUUUUACUGGAGGCUUGAUUUUUUGGAGAAAGAUGCUGGGAAAAAGAAGGAGAACGAAGGCCAAAAACCAUCUCAGUGCUAGCUGGAGGAGGCUGCACUAAGAGACCGGGAGCCGCGACUGACGGCCGCUUUGGAGCCAAGCUUGCUGAAGCUAUGAAAGGGGCAACAAGAGAUACUCUUGGGAUAUAAUGUUCUGCACCCCUCCACGGCAGACUUCCAGGUGUCAUUCAGAAUAAAUAACAAGAUGAAAGAUGAAAAGAUCUUUUUUAAUAAUUCAAGUAAUUUAGCUUUAGUAUGUAUAAUGGGACAUGAAUCCAAUAUCUCCAUUCAGAUCAGGUCUCUCCAUAGUUUUUAGUUUGGUAAUGAGUUGUAAUUCAGCAACUUCUCUUUCAAGUGUAUUUCUAAAAUUCUUCUGCAAUAAGACAGCUACUUUAAGUUAGAAGCUAAUUUUGGUCAUCUAUUCCUUUAAGAAUCCCUUGCCCUUCCCUGUGGAACCAACUGCCAUAACAGUCCUCAACAGUUAUAAGGCUGAAGUAUCUGACGAAGUGUGUAUUACACACGAAAGCUCAUACCUUGAAAACUUAUAUUGAGUUGAUCUUUAAGGUGCAACUGGAAUUAUUAAAAAAUAUUUUUUCAUCUUGUUAUUUAUUAUGACUAUGACAGAUCAACAUGGCCUUCCACCUGAAUCUGGUGUCAUUCGUAGUUGACCUCUCCCACGCACACUGUCUUAGGUGACUUAUUCCGGUUUUCAACUUCGGCUUUUGAUCUCAAAACGUUCUGUUUAUCACAGCUGAUUCCUCUGUUCGUCUUGAUUGGAAUCGGAGGGACCGGCCUGUGCACCAUGCACCUUGCUCUUCGCAACCCUGCUGUCAGGUAAGUGCCACCCCUAAGGGCAGGAUCAGCCCUUGGCAAGGUGCUGACAACUGCCAUCCCCGCAAAACCACUUCACGUGCUCCCCACCUCCCAGUGGCCCCUGGGUGUCCUUCACUGAUGGAUGUGAUGCCGCGCUUUUGAAUGGGGCCUAAGCUGGACUCCCAUCUGUGGCAGCUGCCCACCACUUUACGCAACUCAGAAUUAGCCACAGGGAUCCGUGGCCUGAGUGGAUAGUAGUGAGCUUGGCUUCUUUUUUAAAAAAUAUAAUUUUUAUUAACAGGCCAAUCAAAUCACAUUAAUUCCAAAUCACAUUAGUUCCAAAUUAUACAGCCAGAUUUUUAAAAUUUUUGUUGGGGGUACCCAUACUUCAAGCUCCGAAAGGGAUCCAAACUUCACUCUUGCUGCUGCUGCUUUAAUUAAACAGUUCUAUCAAGUUCUGUCCAGAUAGUCUCUUUAUUAUUUUCCUCAUCUUCUUGUUGUUAUCAUCAUAUAUUCCUUUCUUUGUGAUCUCUGAUAAUCUUCACAAGCGGGUUGAAAACAAACAUAUUCUGUGUGGGUUUUACACUCUCCAAGAGUCAUAUCACAUAAAGGACAGACGCCAUUUCCACACCUCCGUAAAGAACAUUCCCACAGUCUGUCCGUUGAUUUCCACAGGCUUGCCAAUCUAUAUCUCAGGGGGACCUGCCAGGUCCAGAUCACAUUCCGAUAACCAUACAUUCACAUUCCAAUGACCCUGGUCCUCCUCCCCCUCGUCCUCCUAUGGGCAAGCCUGUCUUAACGAAACUCCAUUUGUAACUGCGUCAUAAAACUUUCUUUCCAUUCCCCGAUGUUUCCACCAGUCCUCUCUUUGAUCAGUAAUUCAUUUCCACACAGUUCUUAACUCCUGCUUGUGAUUAGUAAUUAGCAAUGAUUCUUCUCUCUGGAGGGGAGGGUUAUUGGUACUCACAUAAGACAAAAUAAGAAAAGUUUUUUCCUCCCCCUCCUUUCCGUUUUACUCCAACAUACCAGUCUUUUAAUGAUGAUUCUUCACUUGAUUUAUUUGUCCAGCCCGUCGCUCCGCUCACAGAGAUCCCAUUAAUCAGCAGUCUUUACUCCCGAUCUUCACUUGAUGUAUGUGCAUUAGCUUCUUUCCAAUUAUAUAUUUCCAAUUAUAUAUUUCGAGCUAAUGCGCGAUUAGAGACAGCGUCAGGGAGAGCCGACCUCACCCGAGGGCUUUGUGCCAAGUGUCCUCACCCCCUUCUUUCGAAUCCGGGCGUGAAUUAUGGACACAGCUGGCAAGGCAGCCCCCCCCAUUCCCUUGGGGGGGCAAAGGAGGCUGCAUACUCCCAUAUCAGCCUCUUAAUUACCUCAUGUGGGUCGGAAAGAUGUUAUUGUCGGCCAUCUUCCAAUGCGCCCCCUGGUGGCCCCUGUGAGCUUGGCUUCUUUUCAGAAGCGACACUGCCACUGAAGAGUGUCUGGGGACCCAGUGGCAGGGACUGGUGGCCUGGCUGGGCCAGGCUGAUAAGCACCCUUCCAAGCUCCUUGGGGGCAGACCUUUUGCCACUUCUUUAAGUGUUGCAUCUUAAAGCACCACCUGAAUAAAAUAUGGCCUGCCAUGCUCCAGAGGUAUAAUAAUAAUAAUAAUAAUAGUUAUAAAACAAAUUAUAAAACCACAGUAAAACAUUAGCAUCAGCUUCUUAGCUUUAGAGUAAGAAAACCAACCAUAUAAGCAUUGCCAUUCUUCAGCCAAGUUGUAUCCAAGGCAUUGCAAUGAGCGGUACAGCAUAGCUAAAAGGGUAUUUGGGAAGAGAGUAAAGCCAAUGAACUGUCUGAGCAGAAAGCACAAAGUCUAGCAGGGGCCUGUCAUGGAGAAAGUGUAGGAUUGGGUUGCCAACAUCGAGUUCUGUCCAGCACUGCCUCACAAACUUGCUGCUGUCUCUGGUGCAAGGCAGUGAGAAGCUGCCCUUGCAUUUAGGUAACUAUGCGUUAACUGGCUUUAAAGGGCUUUUACAAAUACUUGUGGUACGAUGGACUUUUUUUACAUCCCACAUUAUAAAAGAAGUGUGCACUGAGGAGGCCAUGAUUGUUAAAUUUGGUGAGAACCACGUGCCAACAGUUGGACAGAGCGUUACGCUUUAUGCUGUAUGUUUUUCUUCUUCUUACAAAGAUGUACUCCUUGCUGUCUGCCUCUUGUCACGUUUCUCUGCUUGGCUGGGACAAAAAGAGCAACCCAGAGCCUUGGGACAAGCUGUGACCCAACGACCAGUACAAGGUAUGGUAUGAAAUACUUAACUAGGGUUAUGAUGCUGGUUAUCCUAUAGGCCAGGAAUGGGGACCCUGGUGUCCAGCAAAGAUUGUUGGGACUCCAACUCCCAUCAGCCCCAUCCCUGAAAUCUACGGAAGAUGGGCUAAUAAUAAUAAUAAUGGCCAUUUGGUGGGAGGCAUAAUAAGCUUCAGCUUUGGAAGGCCUGGUGUGUGUGAUCACAGCAUUUGGGGUUCGGCUAGAUGACCCUUGGGUUCCUUCUAUGAUUCUUCAUUCUCCUCUCCAGUUCAAUCUUCUAAACUCUUGACUGAAUAAGCAGGAGAGAUCCCUGAGUUUCUGCCAUUGACUUGUGGUUCUUUCUGCAAAAUUGCUUUUAAGCCCAUUAAAGUUGAAUGAUCCUUUCCCCCACUGAGGCAAAAGUUGUAGAGUCCAAGUCACCUGCAAUGGUAGCCCCACGUAGAGCACAUGGUAGUAGUCCAAGCUGGAGAUAACGCUUAACCGUGCUGCCCUCUUUCAGUUCUAUGCGGUGAAUGCAGACUAUGACAAGCUGAAAAAGGAGUGUCCAGAUAUCGGAAGAGCAAACGAAUCUGGGAGCUAUAGUUUGGGUUAUAGGGUUUGAUGCUUUUGUAACUGGAUCUAUAAUGGCUUUUAGUCAAAUACAAUAAAUGAUUGAUUGAUUGAUUGAUUGAUUGAUUGAUUGACUGAUUGGUGAAAAAGUGCUUUUUUACUGAGAUGCUAACUUUCUCUCUGCAUGUCAUUCCUUGCACAGCUUCCUGUGCAAAGAUAAGGCUUGUGCAUUUGACUAAUGUUGUGUGGAGGGAAAUGCAGCCCCUGGGCUGAAAAAUGUCCCCUCCUGCCCCCUUGGGUUUCCAGUGUGGCCUUCACAGAUAUUGGCACAACGUGGGGGGGUGUGUGUGGCUGUUUUGCUGCACGCCCCAUUGUGAGGGCUGAGGGGGUGAUGGUGAUGCCUCCCCAGCUGCUGCCAUUGUCUGUGGGUUGACUGUGAUGCCACAAAAGCAUUUGGCAGCUGAGCGGGUAUAAAUGUGGGCCAAGGCGCAAGCCUCGGCAGUUGCCCUCCCCAGAGAGAAAUGGGCAGCUCGGUGGCACUCAGCCCUGGUGGUCUCCUGCCCCGUGGCAGCAAGCUGGCAAGCGGAAGGAGGCAAUCGCCCGGUGCUGGGAUGCUGUGGAGCAAGGAGAAGGCAAGUACAAAGUUUACUUGCUGGUGGGAUCGCUACUUGAAGGCGACUGAUAUUCAGCUCUGAAGCUGGUUAUUGUCUGGCAAUGGACCUGGCGAGGCUGCAGCUGGUGGGUGGUUGUUGGAAGAGUUUGCAUUCAGGCUAGUGGAGGCCGCAAGGCUACGCUAGCUGAGAUGGAUGCAAACUGGUUUGGAAGCCUUGUUUGUUAACAGGCAGCCAUACAGAGGAGGAAUCUGGGGGGACACUGUUGGAUGGGGGCCGUCCCACUCACCUGUUUGCCUUUGCCUUACAGGGAUGUCCGGAGCCGGUGAGGUUUUCCCCAAGUCCAAAGUCAUGAAGAGAACCGCAGGACAUCCCUAUUUACAUCGGAGAAAUGAAUGCAAAAUACUGGCAGUGAGCAAUGGACAAGGCCGUGGCCGUACCUGAGAAAAGGAGCUUUGAAGGAAGACUGCAGGCGGACAUCUGCUGCAUUGCAAGUGAUGGGGCAGUGGGGAGAGAGAAGAAAAUGAGGGAGGAAACAUUAGGCCACAUUAGGCGCACCGUCAGUCCAUUGGAAGUGCUAUGAAGACGCUUUGAACAGGAAUGGCUUCCCCUCAGGGAUUCUGGGAACUGUAGGUGGUUAAGGGGACAGAGAGUUGUUAGGCGGGUUAGGCUUAGGCUUAGGAGUAGGAGUAGGGUAGGGGUAGGGUUGAGUUGGGGUAGGGUUAGGGUCCCUUCUUGUCAGGGAACUUUGGGAAGUGUAGCUCUAAUUAAGGGUUAAGGGUUAAGGGUUAGCGUUAGAGUUAGCGUCAGGGGUAGGGGUAGGGUUCCCUUCUUGUCAGGGAACUCUGGGAAUUUUAGCUCUGGUUAGGGAGUAGGGUUGGGGUUCCCUUCUUGCCAGGGAACUCUGGGAAUUGUAGCUCUGGUUAAAGGUAAAGGGUUAGUGUUAGGGUUAGCAUCAGGGGUAGGGGUAGGGGUAGGGUUCCCUUCUUGCCAGGGAACUCUGGGAAUUGUAGCUCUAGUUAAGGGUUAAGGGUUAGCGCUAGCGUUAGAGUUAGUGUCAGGGGUAGGGGUAGGGUUCCCUUCUUGCCAGGGAACUCUGGGAAUUGUAGCUCUGGUUAGGGAGUAGGGUUGGGGUUCCCUUCUUGCCAGGGAACUCUGGGAAUUGUAGCUCUGGUUAAAGGUUAAGGGUUAGUGUUAGGGUUAGAGUUAGGGUUAGCGUCAGGGGUAGGGGUAGGGGUAGGGGUAGGGGUAGGGGUAGAGUUCCCUUUUUGCCAGGUAACUCUGGGAAUUGUAGCUCUUGGAGGGGAACAGGGGGUCUCCUAACAACUCUCUGCACCCUUUUCAGACUAUAGCUCCCAGAUUCUUUGGGGGAAGAAGCCAUGAGUGUUUAAAGCGGCUUCAUAGCGCAUGAAAUGGUGUGGAUGUGGCCCUGGCCUCCCUCACCCCACUGCCCCUUAUUAUUGCGGAAUCGAAAAGAUUUCCCCAUGCAAAUCUCUCGGAAACAAUGUAUUUCAUCUGGAAAAAUAUUUAAUAAAGAUUAUUUUUUAUUAAAACCUUUGAAUGUGUUUGAACUGUGUUUGAGUGCACAGAGAAUGAUUUCCCCAUGAAAGCAAUGCCUUUAGAUUACAGAAUCAUGGAAUUGCAAAGUUAGACGGGACCGAAUCUUUUGCUCUACAUGGGGCUCAAAGGACAGCCCUGAGAUUAAGGGUGGCAGUAAUCUGAGCAUCCUGGACCCUGCCCCAUGGUUCUCCUUGCCCUCCACCAAACACCCAUCAAAUGUCACAAAAAAGAUAUUUACAUUUCCCUGUGUCCCAGCCUAGUUAAUCACACCCUUUUGUCUUCAUCUGGGUUUAUUAUUUCUGGAAUGGCUACCUGUCUGGCACUCAGGUAUCAGGAUGCCAGGAAUUAUCACUCAGGCAGAGGGGCUGCUGAGUAGCUGAGCUCACAUGUCUAUAUGCAUUCCUGAAGUUUUCCCAGUGAGUCAAUACACAGAUACAUUUAUCAGUGAAUUCUUACAUUUGGUAUAUCGUGCAGCAGAGGCCCUUUGAAUAGAUAGGUAGAAACAGUGAUGAAGUGCUUUGUGGGGACAAAUCACAAAAGUCACAAAAGCGAUUGUGCUGGUUUUGGUUGUGGGCUGCAUGUGCAUGAUAUCUGCUGGAGGGGCAACCCCCCCUCCCACGUAUUCAUAAAUUCCUGCAACAGUACUGAGGUAAAAUCAGUCACUGAAUGGUUUGUGCACCCAAAAACAGAACGCUCAAUGGUCUACUCCUGAGUAAUCAAUUUAAUCUCCCUUUCACUUUUCUCAUUUGCUUCUGUUGUAUCCAAAAAUUAGAUCUCAAGUAAAAGGUCCAGUUUAAAGUUUACAGCUGUGUCUGUUUUCCACGUGGUGAAACAAAGUCAGUAGAGUUAAAUUGAUCUCGUGAAAAUGGUUUCCCUUUUCAUCUUUUUAAUAAUAAUAAUAAUAAUAAUAAUAAACUGGUGAAACCAGUUCCUGGUUCCUGCUUGCUAGUUUUCUACAGGUUGGCUAGAUGGGCCGACUCAUCCUAUGUUCCUAUGUUCUUAUAUCUGAUAUUUUAAUUUAAAGAAAUGUACCAAAGGUGUGAAUGAAAAUCCAUGUGUAACCAGCAUGCAUUCCACCACAGUUCCCAGCAGAUGUCUCUGUUGCCCAGAAAUACAAUAGUUUCGACUGGAGUGUUAAUUGACGAGGAAUAAUCACAUACACAUGCAGAUCAAUGGAGAUCAGGAUAGCAAGUAUUAGUUCCCCUUUAACAUUUAUAUUCUUAGCAACUCUGAAUGCUUAUAAUCAUAGGGUGGCUGGGUGUCCUACUUAAGAAAGGACAGUCCUCUGAAAGAGUCUAAUUGUAGGGUAGUCCAGUCUGAGUCUUCAUUCUAUUAAAAUCUUUUGCGUAGUUCCAGCUGCCUUCAUAGGGUCAAUGACUAAUAAUAAUAAUAAUAAUAAUAAUAUAUUAAAUUUGUAUACCACCCUUCAUCUGAACACCACAAGGCAGUUCACAACAUGAAACUACAAAAUGGGGGAAAUACAUAAUAAAACAAAAACACAUUUAAAAGGUGAUAUAAUGUUAAUCAGCCAAAGGCCUGGUUAUACAGAAAUAUUUCCCCCUGGUCCCUAAAGAUAUGUAAUGAAUCUUUCUUUCUUUCUUUCUUUCUUUCUUUCUUUCUUUCUUUCUUUCUUUCUUUCUUUCUAUUACUUUUUAUUAAAUUUAUAUCCCACCCUUCCCCCAAAGAUCACAGGAGAGUUUACAACAUAAAAACCACAAAAUGCAUGACACAAUAAUAAUAAAACAAUGAUCCCCGCCGCACAGUCACAGUUGUUGUUGUUAUUUAUUAAAUUUAUAUACCACCAUUAAAACCACCCAAUGUUGAACCUUUAAAAUAUUUUUGUGUGUAUGUGUGAGACUGUUCAUAACUCAUACUGUUAGGAACUUAGGUGGGUCAGUCUGGAUGUUGCCCUGAGUUGGUUGCAGAACCGGACAGGCAAGCAAGACAAUGGCCUUAGCUGGCCAUUUAAGUGUCUUCAUCAUCAUCCCAAAAGAAUGAGCUCCUUUGCCGAAAAGGGAACUAUUUAUAUAUGCGAUGACAGUGGCAAUAAUGUUGUAUGCCCAGGGAUGGAAGAAAGAAAGAAAGAACCCCAUUGAAAGAAGAAUGGAUACAGUAUUGAAACUGAUGGAUUUUGCCGAAAUGGCAAAAUUGACUGGGAAGAUUAGACACCAAGAGGACAAUAAAUUUAAAAAAGAACAGCCUAACUUUAUAGAACAUAUGAAGGAACACUGCAAAUAUCUCAAAACGUUAGCAGGAUUGGACUAGCACUUGUAAUUUGACAAAGGAUAUUAAAAGGGAAAUUGAAUAGUUUGGAUUAAGGUAUUUAGAUGCAGAAAAGAGAAGAGAUAAUUAUUUGAAACUGGGGAGAGGGGUGGGGAGAAGUUCAGGGGUUGGAAGAACCCCCAUAAAAUACUGAGAUUGUUUGUGGACUAAUGCAAAUAAUAAUGUAUGUAAAACCUUUAAAAAUAAAAUUGAUAUAUAAAAAAAGGAAUGAGCUCCUUUGCAAGAGGUACAACUAAGUGACGGGGCCAUCUUAGCUUUUCCUCCACGCCCUCACUUUGCUGCUAGGUAGAAGAAGGAGAGCCCAGAGAGUUGUCCGUGAGCUGAGCUGAAAGCUGGAGACACAGAGACCCGCUUGCUCUGUGCUGGAACCAAAGCUGUGAGCAAUGGAGAAGCAAGGUCUGUUGGGCUGUCAAUGCUGUGAGACCCUCCAUCCUAUGCUCAGGUUGUAUAUACAGUGGUACCUCGGGUUAAGAACUUACUGUAAUUCGUUCCGGAGGUCCGUACUUAACCUGAAACUGUUCUUAACCUGAAGCCCCACUUUAGCUUAUGGGGCCUCCUGCCGCUGCCGUGCCGCCGCAGCAUGAUUUCUAUUCUCAUCCUGAAGCAAAGUUCUUAACCUGAGGUAAUAUUUCUGGGUUAGCGGAGUCUGUAACCUGAAGCGUAUGGACCCGAGGUACCACUGUACAGUCAUAUCUCGGGUUGAAGUAGCUUCAGGUUGAGCAUUAUCGGGUUGUGCUCCGCGGCGACCCGGAAGUAACGGAACGCGUUACUUCGGGGUUUCACCACUCGCACAUGCACAGACGCUCAAAAUGACAACACACCCAUGCGCGAAAGCGGUGAAUCGUGACCCACGCAUGCGCAGACGCAGGUUGCAUUCGCUUCAGGAUGCGAACGGGGUUCCGGAACGGAUCCCGUUCUCAUCCAGAGGUACCACAGUUGGUGUAAAUUGUUGGGAAACGCUCUGGGGUGGCCCUGCAGCCCCCGAACUCCAAGUGUCCUCUGGUAUGCGCAGCUCUGGAAAAGGCAUUUCCCUUCUUCUCCAUUGUGCUUCAGCGACAUAUAUCAAAUGAUAAAAAGGUUAAGGGACCCCUGACCGUUAGGUCCAGUCGUGGCCGACUCUGGGGUUGCGGCGCUCAUCUCGCUUUAUUGGCUGAGGGAGCCGGCGUACAGCUUCCGGGUCAUGUGGCCAGCAUGACUAAGCCGCUCUUGGCAAACCAGAGCAGCGCACGGAAACGCCGUUUACCUUCCCGCCGGAGCAGUACCUAUUUAUCUACUUGGACUGGCGUGGUUUUGAACUGCUGGGCUGGCAGAAGCUGAGACGGAGCAAAGGGAGCUUACUUCAUCAUGGGGAUUUGAACCGCCAACCUUCUGAUCAGCAAGCCCUAGGCUCUGUGGUUUAAUCCACAGCGCCACCUGUGUGCCAUAUCAAAUGAUAUAUGCACACUAAUCUUCUAGCAUAACACAGCAAGAAGCGUGAGACAUCGUAGAGUUAAUCUAUGUAUUUAUUUACACACUAUGUAUAGACAAAGGAAUCAUGGCACCCUCUCUCUCCAGCUCCAAGAGAAGAACAGGAACAAGUAAAAGCAAAAGUACAGCACAGUGGUACCUCAGGUUACAUACGCUUCAGGUUACAAACUCCACUAACCCAGAAAUAGUACCUCAGGUUAAGAACUUUGCCAAAGGAUGACAACAGAAAUCGUGCGGCGGCGGCAGUGGGAGGCCCCAUUAGCUAAAGUGGUACCUCAAGUUAAGAACAAUUUCAGGUUAAGAACGGACCUCUAGAACGAAUUAAGUUCUUAAUCAGAGGUACCACUGCACAAUAGUACAUACAGCGGAAGAGAUAAGACUGUCUUACAUUCCCACACUCUUCCCAAACAGGCAUGUGAUUUACACCAAUCUCAUCUGCAGCUUUGGAGGUGUGAAAUACUAACACACUCAGGCUGUAUAUAUGCGUAAAUAACACCAGAUAUCAUAAAGAUGCCAUAGUCCAGGGGUCAGUAACCGUUUUCAGCCGUGGGCCGGUCCACCGUCCCUCAGACCAUGUGGUGGGCCGUACUAUUUUUUUGGGGGGGGAAAUGAGCAAAUUCCUAUGCCCCGCAAAUAUCCCAGAGAUGCAUUUUAAAUAAAAGGACACAUUCUACUCAUGUAAAAACACGCCGAUUCCCGGACCCGUCUGCGGGCCGGAUUGAGAAGGUGAUUGGGCCGCAUUUGGCCCACGGGCCUUAGGUUGCCUACCCCUGGCAUGGUCUCUGCUGACCUUCAUUCCAAGGAAACUGAACUUGGGCAAACGCUAGAACCCCUGCGAUCUCUCACCGCUCAGAGAUUGGGGUGGCGUGCAAGAAAACUUUCAUUCGGGAAGCAACAGAAGAAAGGGGAAGCAGGAAAAGAUUGAAGAGGUGUCUGUGAAACUUGGUUGAGUCUUAGCAUUAUGGAGUUCGGUUCAUCCCGAAGGCUAUCGAGAGUCCAACCUCCUGCUCAGUGCAGAUAGCUGAGAAUAACGCCAGCAAGACAGAGUCUUUGGGUUAUUGACUGCAUGGUCCAAAUGCUCUUAGCACCCAUGUGUUCUUCCUAAUGCUCAACCCAUUGGAGGCUGAUCCAUGAAAGCAGGGAUGUCCAACAGGUUGACCGCGAUUGGCAGGUCGAGCCCUGGUUGUUAGAAGUCGAUCGCGGUCGAUUGCUGGCUCUUUUUCGUCUGUGGGGGGGGAGGAGCAUUCGACCUUGCCCCCUCCCUCUGUCCUUUAUCGCACACAAUUUCAAGAACGGAAGUUGGAGUUUCCACUAGCGAGAUGACUUAUUGUUUAUCAAUUUAUGUCGCAGCCCCACCAGAAAAGCGACAGAAGUAUCAGCUGUCCCUCCCUAAAAAAAGGUCGAAAACUUUGACCUGCACCCCUAAGAAAAGGUUGACAAUUUAGACUUGGUCCCUUAAAAAAGCUGAAAAAACCCCCAAUGGGUAGAUCACAGCCAGUUUUUUAUAGAUCACAGUCUCUUGGGAGUUGGACGUCCCUGCAUUAAAGCAAACAGGGGCACUGCCCACCGAACUCAGUUUGCCUUCUGCUAACAGCACCAACCUGCAACCUGCAGAGAAUACUUUACCAAACCGUGCCCCAAAAUAUACACCUGGACUUGUUUCGAUUCAUUUCUAUAGGAGACUUUGCAGUUUUUAAAGCAUAAUUAGGAAAAAUUGUAAUAAUCACAUAUAAAAGAAACAGUACACAAGAAGGAAAUAAGGAGGCCAUUUACAGAAUAAAGGAAGUCUUUUAUUUUUAUGUUAUGUUAUGUUUUCUUUUCUUUUUUUAAAAAAGUUUUUAUUAACAAUUUCAACAUAACAAAUUAUCAAAACAUAUUAUAUUCAUUAUUCCCCCCUUCAAACCCUCCCCCUCAAUACUUCCCUCAGCUCCUCUCUCUGAUUUCUCAGCACAUAUUAUUCUCUGCAUGUUAUAAAAUUAUACAUAUCCUUACAUUAUCAAUCUACCAUGUUAUCAACCAAUAAAUUUGUGUAAGUUUAUUCAAAACCUGUGAAGGAGCCCAAUUCAUUUUGUUGUAUUUUAAAAUAACUUGUAAAAAGCUCCCAUUCUUCCAUAAAGUCACAGUUGUCCUUGUCCCGCAAUUUGUAUGUCAAUUUAGCCAACUCUGUUAUGUUUUCUUUGUGUAAGGGGAUAGGAGUUUAAUUUUGAUAAUUCAAUUGUCAUUGGAGGUGGGUUUGUUUGUAUGUAUGAGUUGUUGUGGACUAUGUUGCGAACAAAGUAAAAAAAUUGAAAUUGAAAAUAAAAAUGAAAAUAAAUACAGCAUUGUAGGCUUGGAAGGGACCCCAAAGGUCAUCCAGACCAACCUCCUGCAAUGCAGGAAUCACAGGACCCCAAAGGUCAUCCAGACCAACCUCCUGCAAUGCAGGAAUCACAGCUAAAGCAUCCAUGACCGACGCUUAGAAACCUCACAUAAAGGAGAGUCCAUUACCUUUCAAAGCAGUCCAUUCAGCUGUCGAACAGGAUGGUGUUCAGGUGGUAUUUAGCGCCUGUCAGACUGGCUAUGCUGUCUCAUGGCUGGUAUGUCAAUGGAGGCGCAGGUCACUUCUGUGUCCAGGGCAUCUGUUUACCAGCUCCAUCUGUACACAGGAUGAGACCCUCCCUGCCCGCAGACUGCCUCGCCACCAGAGUGGUGCAUGCUCUGGUUAUCUCCUGCUUGGACUACUGCAAUGUGCUCUACGUGGGGCUACCUUUGAAGGUGACCCAGAAACUGCAAUUAAUCCAGAAUGGGGCAGCUAGACUGGUGACUGGGAGCGGCCGCCGAGACCACAUAGCACCAGUCCUGAAAGACCUACAUUGACUCCCAGUACGUUUCCGAGCACAAUUCAAAGUGUUGGUGCUGACCUUUAAAGCCCUAAAUCGCCUCAAAGUCCUAGUAUAUCUGAAGGAGCGUCUCCACCCCCAUCGUUCAGCCCAGACACUGAGGUUCAGCUCUGAGGGCCUUCUGGCAGUUCCCUCCCUGCGAGAAGCAAGGUUACAGGAAACCAGGCAGAGGGCCUUCUCAGUGGUGGCGCCCACCCUGUGGAACGCCCUCCCACAAGAUGUCAAGGAAAUAAACAACUAUCUUACUUUUAAAAGACAUCAAAAGGCAGCCCUGUUUAGGGAAGUUUUUAAUGUUUAAUGCUGUAUUGUGUUUUUAAUAUUCGAAUGGGAGCCGCCCAGAGUGGCUGGGGAGGCCAGGACAGAUGGGUGGGGUAUACCGCAUUUUUUGCUCUAUAAGACGCACCUGACCAUAAGAUGCACCUAGUUUUAGAGGAGGAGAACAAGAAAAAAAAUGUUCUCUCCCUCUCUCCUUAGCGCCUCUCCAGCAAAGCGGGAGGAGAAAUGGAAGGGGCUCCGUUUCUCCUGCCGCUUUGCUGAAGGGGUGCUGCGCAGAGAGGGGAAGCUGCGCAGCGGCUCUCCAGCGAAGCGAAACCAGGAGAGCAAGAGGGAUUGAUCCCUCUUGCUCUCCUGGCUUCAGCGAAAUCUGUGCAGCCUGCAUUCACUCCAUAACACACACACACAUUUCCCCUUACUUUUUAGGAGGGGAAAAGUGUGUCUUAUAAAGCGAAAAAUACAGUAAGUCAUGGGUAGGCAAACUAAGGCCUGGGGGCUGGAUCUGGCCCAAUCACCUUCUAAAUCCAGCCUGUGGACGGUCCGGGAAUCAGCAUGUUUUUACAUGAGUAGAAUGUGUCCUUUUCUUUACAAUGCAUCUCUGGGUUAUUUGUGGGACAUAGGAAUUUGUUCAUCCCCCCCCCCCCCGAAUAUAGUCCAGCCCCGCACAAGGUCUGAGGGACAGUGGACUGGACCCCGGCUGAAAAAGUUUGCUGACCCCAGGUAUAAGUAAUAAAUUGUUGUUGUUGCUUUGGAAUGGGAUGGGUUCCGCAGAUGGGACUUCCCCGUGGGUUUGUGUUUUGUCAGGCUCACCCCUCUACUCUUUGCAAGUGAAAAGAAACCUGAAGCUGUAAGCUGUGCACAUCAAUAUAAAAUAACAAAAGGCUUGAUUUGCGUUAUGAGAUUCUAACAUGCACUUUUCUCUACCUGGGACCUAAAUAUCUUAGAAAUACUUAGCAAAGAUGACCCGUUAUUUAAAGGGAGCUUCACCCCACAAGGAAGGGGGGCGUCACUUCCCCAGCAAAGGAAUUCUUCCUUUGAUGAGGAACGAGUCACUUCUGAUUCAUGGUAAUUUUUUAAACUAACCAGCGCAUGAAACUCACCUAACUUGCUUGAUAAUAUCGUCUUAGGCAGGGAGGCAGAAUCGCUCUUCCUAUAUAAUAUGAGCUUAAGAUGACUUAACAUCUCUACAUGUAUUUUUAUUUCAUUUUUUUAUUUGUUUAAUGAAAUUUAUAUACCACUUGAUUGUAAAAAAAACCCCCAAAACCUCAAAGUGGUUUACACAGGGAAUAAAACAAUAAAAUUACCAGUAUUUGUCUUGGAAGGCAACACUGUGUGUGGUAAUUUUUUAAAAAAACAAUAAAUUUUGUAAAAAAACCCCAGAUAACCUAAUAAUCGCCCAUCUUGUCCAGCAUCCUGUUCUGGGCUGACCAGAUGCCCAUUACGGGAAACCCGCAAUCAGGAUUCGAACACAAGACCACUCUCCUCUCCCAUGGUUUUUAGCAACUGAUAUUCAGAUACAUUUCUUCCUCCAGCCGUGAAAGCAGCGCAUAGCCAUCGUGGCCAAUAGUCAUCAAUAGCCCUUUCAUCCUCCAUAAAUUUCUCCAACCCUCUCUUUUUAAAGCCACGCAGGCUAGUGGUCAUCAUUCCCUGCUGUGGCAGGGAGUUCCACAGUUUAACGAUGCACUGUGUGAAGAAGUCCUUUCUUUUCCCUGCCCUGAAUCUUCCAACCUUCAUCUUCAUCGGAUGUCCAUAAAUUCCAGUGUUAUGAGAGAGGGAUAAAAAAAUAACAAUUCUCUAUUCACAUUCUCCAUGCCAGGCCUAAUUUUACGGACUUCUAUCAUGACGCCUCUUACUCACUUUUAUCUCACCUGGCAAACUGCUGCGUUUUAUACCCCUCAAAAUGGAUGCCAACCACAGUUCUCUUCUCUCUAGUGUCCUCUGGUGGAUCCUAAAACUUUAAGAGCCUUAAUAAUAAUAAUAAUAAUAAUAAUUGUACCCCACCCAUCUGACUGGGUUGCCCCAGCCACUCUGGGUGGCUUCCGGCAUAUGCAAAAACAUAAUAAAACACUAAACAUUAAAAACUUGAAAGUUUCAUAGCUCCCUCACAUUCCAAUCGUCAUUCCAUUUACCUAGGAGGAAGCCCCACUGAAAUCAGUGGGAUUUGCUUCUGUGUAGGCAUGGUUUGGACCAUUAAUAAUAAUAAAAAGGUAAAGGUAAAGUCACCCCUGUCCGUACGGGCCAGUUGUGUCCGACUCUAGGGUUGUGCGCCCAUCUCACUUAAGAGGCCGGGGGCCAGCGCUGUCCGGAGACACUUCCGGGUCACGUGGCCAGCGUGACGAAGCUGCACUGGUGAGCCAGCACCAGCACAGCACACGGAAACACCGUUUACCUUCCCGCUAGUAAGCGGUCCCUAUUUAUCUACUUGCACCCGGGGGUGCUUUCGAACUGCUAGGUUGGCAGGCGCUGGGACCGAGCAACGGGAGCGCACCCCGCCGCGGGGAUUCGAACCGCCGACCUGACGAUCGGCAAGUCCUAGGCGCUGAGGUUUUACCCACAGCGCUACCCGCGUCCCUACUACUGCUACUACUACUAAUAAUAAUAAUUUAAGUAUACCGCGCCCUUCCCGGUUCAAAAACCGGGCUCGGGGCGGCUAACAACAAAUUUAAAACACUUAAUUGUAAAAGCGGCAUAAAAUAACAGUAUAAAAACAUGAAUAACAAUAAAAUUCAAAGUUCAGAAAUCAAUUUAGGGGAAAUCCAUCUAAUAAGCAAAGCAGAGCUAGCUGGCUGAAUUAGUCCUACUUGGGCCAGGGGAGAAUUAGCUGUGGGGUCUCAGAGUGGGUGAUCUUCAUAAAAGGGGAGGGGGAGGGAAGAGAAGGGAAAUAAAAGAUCAGGCUGAAUUCAAAUUAAAGGCCAGGUGGAAUAGCUCUGUCUUACAGGCCUGACGGAAGGAGGUUAAAUCCUGCAGGGCCCUGGUCUCAUGAGACAGGGCAUUCCACCAGGUCGGAGCCAUCACUAUGGUUAUUCAUGGACCUGAAGGUCCUCUGCGGGGCAGACCAGGAGAGGCGGUCCCGUAGAUACGAGGGCCCUAAGCCACAAGUCUGGAUCCAACCUUCUCUCCAGGGCCCCUCCAGACUGGUGUUUUAUUGGGGGUGCAUUUCGCAACAUGUUCUUGACACAAUAGUAGCAGUGGGUUUAUUCUGCUUGAGUUUUGUUCUGCGUUGCUUCCCCUAUGUGAACACAAUUCCCCUCUUUGGAGGGCUCUAGCGCAACGAAAGCGGGGCAAAAAUAAACCGGAACAUUUCUGGCGUAAAAAGUUGCAGGAUUUCAGCCGGGGGUUAUAGGGAUAAGCACUGAUUGCAAAUGAAGGAGUGUGAAAGGAGUGCAGUGCUGAUUAAUCUGAUAAUCAAACUUGCAACACUGUUCCGAAUGGCAUGGUGCAGAAUUGGUUCCUGACCUAGUACCCUGUUCCCUUCAAAUUUCUUUUUCCUUUAGUGUUCUAUCUAGUGUUCAACACCAUCAUACACAAGGCUUAGUGGCAAAGCGCUUACUUUGCAAAUACCCUCACCUGAAAGACUGAGAGCCACUGCCAAUUAUUGUAGACAGUGGCUACUAGUCAUGAUAGCUAUGGUCUGGUGCUCUUAAAGCUCUGAGCUAGACCUAGAGCUAUUGGUCUGGCUCAUUAUAAGCCACCAUUAUCCUGAGUUUAUUGAUUUAUUAAAUUUCAAGGCUGCCCAUCAGUCAGAGUCUCUUGGGGGCUUUUACAAAAAAAAAAAAAAAACCACAACAAAAUACAUAAACAUAACUCAGUGUUGUUGUUGUUUUACAAAAUGCAUGAAAAGUCAUAAGCCAGCAUAAAGUAAAACCACACAGCAUGAAAUGGAUAAACAUAAAGAAAACAUUAUAAAAACCAAUGGGGGAAAAACAUUGGAGGAAAAACACAUUAUUUGAUCUACAGUAUUUAUAUCCUGACUACUAAACGAAGUUCUUUAGGUGGUUUACAAUGUAAUUAGAAUUUUAAAAAGGCCUGAGGGAAUAAGGCAGGCCUACAUAGUUCACAUUUUCUGAAACAAUAGGUGAACCAAAACACAGCCGUCCUCUGAAAAAUUGCACUCCUCUGAAUUUUGCAAUGCAGUUUGCCAGCCAAGCAGUGUGUACAGAAAUGCACACAGUGGGGUAAAGGGUACGUAAAAAUGAAUGUACAAGGGGAAAUAUCAUGCAGAAAUGCAUUAUGUUUGGGGAAAUCGGUUUGCAAUUUUUUUUGCAAUAUUGCAUGUGAACAUGCAAACAUUGGAACAAAUUUUCGCUAAAACGCUGGUGGGUUUUCACGAGGGCUCUUCUCUUCCCCUCCAAAACACAGAAUGGAGAGAACUGGAUUUAAGACUGGAAGAGCGAGAAACCAAGAGAUACUGAAAUCUGCAGAUUCGCCCUAGGACCAGGUGACCGUCUCAGGCCAGGGCAUUUGACAAUGGGAGCAUUGCCAGCGAAUCUAACCUCUUUUUGCUGGCCUCUUGCCCAGCCUCGUCUAGGUGGGGCAGGGUGGGGGCUGGAAUUUGGGGAAGGGAGUGUGCCAGUCACACGCUGCGGAUCCUGAACCCAUAAUCAUUACAGCGAGGAGUACUGCCUGAGGAACAAGGAACCCAGAGCGGAUGCCAAAACCAUCCCGGGUUCAAGGUCGAUGCAGAUCUUUUCAAAGUGACAGGUUCACGAUCAAAGGAGCCGAACUGUUGCACAACUUCGAUUCGCUACGGGGUGGUCCUCAGGGCCCGUCUGAAUUGGCCCCACGUGCUACCCUUGUGCUUCUGCCAAUUAAGAAACUGCAAAGAUGUGAGAGAUAAGGGAGGCUGGAGCAGAUGCAGUCCCUCCUUCGUAUAAUCGUAGACAUGGAAGCGACCUCAAAGAGCAUCUAGCUCAGUGGUUCUGAAAGUGGGUGGUACCACUCCCUAGGGGACAGGGGAUUUUUAGUGGCUGCUAAGAGGCAAGGGAUGCAGGGGGCACUGUGGGUUAAACCAUAGAGCCAAGGACUUGCCGAUCAGAAGGUCAGCGGUUCAAAUCCCCGCGACUGGGUGAGCUCCCGUUGUUCAGUCCCAGCUCCUGCCCACCUAGCAGUUCGAAAGCACGAAGUGCAAGUAGAUAAAUAGGUACCUCCAGUGGGAAGGUAAACAUUGUUUCCGUGCGCUGCUCUGGUUCGCCAGAAGCGGCUUAGUCCUGCUGGCCACAUGACCCGGAAGCUGUACGCCGGCUCCCUCGGCCAGUAAAGCGAGAUGAGCGCCACAACCCCAGAGUCGGCCACGACUUUACCUAAUGGUCAGGGGUCCCUUUACCUUUAAGAGGCAAGGGGGUGGCAGUGGGGGCGGCAGCGAAGGUGUAAACAAAUAUCAGUGAAUAAAGUCCAUUGGUUCUGUUGAAUUACCGUAUUUUCCCAUGUGUAAGAUGAGGUUAUUUUAUUUUAAAAUUGUGCACAAAAAUUGGGGUUUGUCUUAUACAUGGAUGGUGGAGAGGUGGGAUGGGCGAUUGGUGGCUGCCGCGAGCAGACAAUUGUCAGCGGCGUUUUGCGGGCGAUUGGUGGGUGCGCUGGCUAUUGGCUGCUGCGGCAAUUGGGCGGCGAUUGGCGCUUGCUUUUGGCAGACGAUUGGUGGCUUCGUCAACGUGCGUGCGUUUGGCUGGGGCGGUCCUGCGGAUGAGUGAUUUUCAACCCCCCCCCCCAAUGUUCAACAAGUCCAGGCAACCCCCACCCCCGAAAAAAAAGCUCAGGAAAUGUGGGCACCCCCCCCAAAAAAGAGGGGGCAUCUUAUACACGGGGGCAUGUUAUGCAUGGAAAAAUACAGUAAUUAAAUUUAAUAGUUUUUGUUGGAUUUUGAAUACAUGCACAGUUAAUUGGAGCCAGUGUGGUGUAGUGGUUAAGAGCGGUGGACUCGUAAUCUGGUGAACUGGGUUCGAUUCCCUGCUCCUCCACAUGCAGCUGCUGGGUGGACCUUGGGCAAGUCACACUUCUCUGAAGUCUCUCAGCCCCACUCACAGAGUGUUUGUUGUGGGGGAGAAAGGGAAAGGAAAAUGUUAGCCGCUUUGAGACUCCUUCGGGUAGUAAUAAAGUGGGAUAUCAAAUCCAAACUCUUCUUCUUCUACUACUGCUUUUAAUUUAGUUGUGUUAUUAUAUUCCUUCGUGGGUCAUGCAAACAGCGGUUCUGAAUGAUGCUUUUUCUAGAACGCGUUGGGAAUGAGUUUUUGGAAGCUAGUAGGGGGCAGUUCCCCCCCCGGCAAAAAAAAUUAGGAACCACUGCUCUAAGUUAAGGUGUUUCCAGACGCUUUGGCAAUUGUCAUCAUAAUUAUUAUCAUCAUCAGAGCCCACGACUGAGAUGCUUCCCCAAAAGGUUCAGAUAGACCAGAUGGACUAUUUCCUUCAUCUCCCAGGUUUCUUCUCACGAGGGAGGAGAGGAUGGAAACAUCUGAAUAGUUGUUGGCAUUUAACGAGCGAAGAAUCCAAAAAAAGAAAGAAAGAAAGAAAGAGAAGUCUCAGAAAUGAAGGAGUUAAAGUUUUCCGGAUUUCAGCCCCUCCUGCUGCUUUGCUUAAGAAAACGUGGGAAGGGGGGGGGGAGAGAAGAGAGAGGUUUUUAAAGGCUGAUUUUUUAGAAAUUGUGCUCCAGUGGUUCCUUGCUUUCCCUGAAGGAGGCAUUAUUGCUGAGCCCAGGGCACCUGGUUCUGCCGGCAAGGACCAGCGCAGUUCUCCCAGGUGGAUGGCCAAGAAGACAUCUGCAGGCUGACGACUCUGGUCUUUGCUCCCUCCAGAAACUCUCCAAAGAGAGGCAGAUAGAUAGAUAGAUAGAUAGAUAGAUAGAUAGAUAGAUAGAUAUCGGGAUACAUCUACAUUUUUUCUCUCCUUUCCCUCGCUCUCUCCUGGCGUCACAUCUUGAGUGGAAGAAUGGUUGCAGAAGUCCAAGCGGUUAUUUUUGGCCUGGGAUGCUUGCUCCUUUAUUUAACUCUGGAAACCGAUGCCGGUAAGUGAACUGCGAUGGAAAGGCUUAAACAAAAAUGAUAGAAAGGUCCAGGUGAACGGAUGGGGAGGCGGAGGAUCUGUUGGCUGAAGGAGGCUGUGUGGUGCAGUGGUUAGAGUGCCAGCCAAGGACCUGGCAGAGACCAGGGUUUGAAUCCCCACCUGUUUAUGAAGUUCACUGGGUCACCUGAGCGGGGGGGUCCAGUCACAGUCCCUCUCAGCCUGACUUACCUCACAGGGUUGCUGUGAGGAUUAAAUAGGGAGAGGGAACCAUGUCAGCUACCUUGGGGAUGGAUGCAAUAAAUAAAUAAUAAUAAAUAAACCUGGGCAUUCAGUGUGUCAAUUUUGACUGCGCAAAUAUUGUUAAGAUGUUUAGAUUUGUGUCUUUUAUGAGAUUUGCAUCUAGCAAAGGGAGAUAAAGUCAGGAAGAGGUGGCUUGACCUGUUUCUAUAAUAUUCCUGCAGCACAAUGAUCGACUGGGGGUGCCUCUGAUGCGAGACCCGUUUGGAUGUUCUUCCUGGGACCCCUUUCCUUUUUGUUGAGGCUUGUGCUAGGGAGAUUCUCUGGGCAGAUUGUGCCCUAUUUGAGCCACGUGCAUGUGACUUUUUUUGCUCACCUUUGCAACAGGGCCGUCAGGAGUGCACCAACCACCCUGAGUCAGAUCUCAUGCAACCGGAUUCAAUCAAAUUGCUCUUUCCCUCUCAAUCUCGGCUUCAGAUUUGUAGCAGAGGUGACGCUGUUGCAAUGAUGAAUGGGGGAAUGUCUCUAGAGCAGGCAUAUGCAAACUCCGGCCCUCCAGAUGUUUGGGACUACAACUCCCAUCAUCCCUGACCACUGGUCCUGUUAGCUAGGGAUGAUGGGAAUUGUAGUCCCAAACAUCUGGAGGGCUGGAGCCUGCCUAUGCCUGCUCUAGAGCAUGGGUAGGCAAACUAAGGCCCCGAGGGCCGGAUCUGGCCCAAUCGCCUUCUCACUCACCUCACAGAGUGUUUGUAGUGGGGGAGGAGGGGAAAAGGAGAUUGUGAGCUGCUUUGAGAUUCCUUAGGGUAGUGAUAAAGCGGGAUAUCAAAUCCAAACUCUUCUUCUCUUCUUCUUCUUCUUCUUCUAAAUCUGGCCCGCGGACGGUCCGUGAAUCAGCGCGUUUUUACAUGAAUAGAAUGUGUGCUUUUAUUUAAAAUGCAUCUCUGGGUUAUUUGUGGGGCAUAGAAAUUCGUUCAUAUUUUUUUUCAAAAUAUAGUCCGGCAACCCCACAUGCUCUGAGGGACAGUGGACCGGCCCACAGCUGAAAAAGGUUGCUGACCCCUGUUUUAGGGUCAUUCUACCUCCUGAUUAGGGACGUGGGUGGUGCUGUGGGUUAAACCACAGAGCCUAGGACUUGCCGAUCAGAAGGUCGGCGGUUCGAAUCCCCGCGACGGAGUGAGCUCCCUUUGCUCGGUCCCUGCUCCUGCCCACCUAGCAGUUUGAAAGCACGUCAAAGUGCAAGUAGAUAAAUAGGUACCACUCUGGCGGUAAGGUAAACGGCGUUUCCGUGCGCUGCUCUGGUUCGCCAGAAGCGGCUUAGUCCUGCUGGCCACAUGACCUGGAAGCUGUACGCCGGCUCCCUCGGCCCGUAAAGCGAGAUGAGCGCCACAACCUCAGAGUCGUCCGCGACUGGACCUAAUGGUCAGGGGUCCCUUUACUCUUUACCUUUACCUCCUGGUUGCUUUUCCCCUCCCCACUUUGAACACGACACCCUCAUGUUUUGAUUUCCAGAUCCGGAUGUCUCCUGCGUAUUUAACAGCAAGAAGUACAAGGCGGGAGAGAGCUGGCACCCUUACCUGGAGCCGCAAGGAGUGAUGUACUGCAUCAGGUGCACCUGCUCUGAGGUACCUUGCGAAGUCCUGAAAUGACUUGGCAGCAGGAUCUCCAGAUGAUAUAUUUUGAGCGACGAUGACAUGAGCAGCCAUCGCCAUCAAUAAUACUUAUAUGCUGCUUAAUGUGCAAAAUCCCUAAGCGGUUUGCAUAAAGCACAGUAAAAUAAUUUUUAAAAAUGAAAGUGUAUAGGCGAUACAACAUUUUAAACCAAAAAAAUACCAAGAAAUGUAUCUGUGGUUUUAAGCAACAGCAGAAGUUUGAAGAAAGCAGGGAGGGAGUGACGCAGUAGGGAGGGGGCAAAGGCUCAAGGAUAUUUCAUGUUUGAUGUGAGACCAGUGCCGGAUUUGGGUUUGAUGAGGCCCUAAGCUACUGAAGGUAAUGGGGCCCUUUACAUGUCCAGCUGUCCUUUGUCAACAACAAAUUGUCAUUGCUUUUUGUGUUGAAUAUAUGCUAUGUGGUAAUUUAUGGACCUAAUAGGUAUCUAAAGCCAUUUGCACAUAUUGCCAUGCAACCUGUCCAUGCACAUAACAAAAUAUGCAUUUUAUCAAAGUAAUUGUUGAACUGAAACCAGUGAUAUUUUAGGGAGCAGGCUAGCAGGCGGGGCCCCUGACUUACAUCAUAGGAGCCUACACAACACAAAACACUGCUGCCGUAUGUAGGUUUUAUUUUAUGUGUUUUUUAUCUUGUAUUUUAGGGACGCGGGUGGCGCUGUGGGUUAAACCACAGAGCCUGGGACUUGCUGAUCAGAAGGUUGGCGGUUCGAAUCCCCGCGACGGGGUGAGCUCCCGUUGCUCUGUCCCAGCUCCUGCCAACCUAGCAGUUCGAAAGCACGCCAAAGUGCAAGUAGAUAAAUAGGUACCGCUCUGGCGGGAAGGUAAACGGCGUUUCCGUGUGCUGCUCUGGUUUGCCAGAAGCGGCUUAGUCAUGCUGGCCACAUGACCUGGAAGCUGUACGCCGGCUCCCUCGGCCAAUAAAGCGAGAUGAGUGCCGUAACCCCAGAGUCGGUCACGACUGGAGCUAAUAGUCAGGGGUCCCUUUACCUUUACCUUAUAUUUUGGAAAUGUACAUCCAGUUUUUCCCCCUUUAUAUUUUCUGUGGGCCCCAAAGAGAGUGGGGCCCUAAGCUAUAGCUUGUUUAGCUAAUACGUAAAUCCAGCACUGUGUGAGAUGAUGGGGUAAGGAUUGGCAGGCGUCUGCUCUGUGUUAUCUGCCUUGUGGCUGCAGUCAGUGAUUUCAGCUCGGCUGAGGUGACCAUUGCCCAGCAGUGAUUUCAGCUUGUGGAAGCUAGCCAGGUCUGCAUACCUAGCCUAGCAUCCCAUCCUCAUCACCAGUGAAGUAUAGGUGGGUUCCCACGAGGCAAGACACAGCGAGAACAGCAAGAGCCUUCAUUGAACUACAUAACUGGGAAACGGGGGCGAAGCAACUGCUUAUAUACAUUCCUGAAAACCUGGGCCACUCCCACUCCCAACGUGAUUGGCUGUCUAAACUUCUAAACUGCGAAUCACGACUCAAAAGUUCGAGGGCCAAUGGCAGAGGCCCAAAUCCUGAAAUGUUCUGUGAUUGGACAUCAUGUAUCAAAUCAGAACACAGGAGCUCAUCAGAAUUCUCAGCCUAGACUCAAGCUCAGGCAAACUCAGACCACUGAAUACAGAACAGGUUUGGCUGUCUAUUGAUCUAUUAAUUGAUUCUAAGUUUUAAUUUAUAUAUUUUAAACUGUUGCUAUAUCUGUAUUGUCCCUGUUAUACCUCAUUGCAAAUUCAAAUAUAUCCCUAUCGUGUUUUUUGACUUCCUUGAUAUUGUAUGUGGGCUGGAACUGGUCUGUGACCGAAAUAAUAAAAUUCAAUUCAAUUGAUUGAUUGAUUGAUCUAUCUGGAUAAACGUUGACCAGUCAAACAAAGGAAAUGAAAAGGCAUGGAGCUGUUUAAAGACUUUCGCUUCACUAAGAAUUGUGUUCUUGAAAAAAGCUGAGGCUUCCAGGUCAGAGAGCAGAACUGGUGGGGAUUUGUUCUGAUGAUAGAUCUUGAGCCAAUAAUUCAACCUCACUGAUUAUUCCCUUUUCCAUGCAGGAUACCAAUGUCAGCUGCUCCCAAAUCCAGUGCCCGCCUCUUCAGUGUCCGAAUCCCAUCAGCGACCCACACCAGUGCUGUCCUAAGUGCCCAGGUAAGUGGAUUUGAAUGCCCCUCCCUGACAGCACACAAACAGUUUAUACAUAUCUAUAUCCUGCUAUUUAUAGCAGUGCCCGCCUUCCCCAGAAAUGUACGUGUGAAUGCACUGGUGGGACAUAUCCUCAUAUGGGGCAGGGGGGAGGAGACAAAAUUGCUGGAAAAAAAGUGUCCAGUAAAAGGCUGAUGACUUUUCAUGACUUUUCAACAUGCAAACUGAUGCAGAAAUGUGGAGAAUCAUCAAAUCGUAGGGCUGGAAUAAGUUCGGCCCCCGAAAAUGAACUUAAUUUUUUUUUAAAGUGAGGAAAUGAAGCAGGCACAUUUUUACCAAGCAAGAUAAUGUGACUUCAGUCGCAAUCUCUUCUACUCAAAGAUAGGGAUAUGGGAUUAAAACAGUGUCUUGUGAGCACUUUGCCAAUGUUAUUUUUCAGAUAAAGGUAAAGGUAAAGGGACCCCUGACCAUUAGGUCCAGUCGUGACCGACUCUGGAGUUGUGACGCUCAUCUCGCUUUACUGGCCGAGGGAGCCGGUGUACAGCUUCUGGGUCAUGUGGCUAGCAUGACUAAGCCGCUUCUUGUGAACCAGAGCAGCGAACGAAAACGCCGUUUACCUUCCCACCGGAGCGGUACCUAUUUAUCUACUUGCACUUUGAUGUGCUUUUGAACUGCUACAUUGGCAGGAGCAGGGACCGAGCAACGGGAGCUCACCCCGUCGCGGGGAUUCGAACCGCCAACCUUCUGAUCGGCAAGUCCUAGGCUCUGUGGUUUAACCCACAGUGCCACCUGCGUCCCUGUAUAUUUUUCAGAUAGCCUCCAUUAAUUGUAGCAUUUGGUGAAAGCUGGGAGAGAAGCCCAGCCUUCUGAAUUUUGGGGGUGGAUUUCUGGACAACUUCCCAAACUGCAUCUGGAUUCUGGCACAAAACUAUAGGCUUCACCCUGGCACAACGUCACUAGGCUUUGCUACCAACAUUUCUUUUUCUAUUUCCUUUUUUAAAUUUAGUAGGAAGUCUUCUAUCAUCACCACCUGGGUUAAGAGGGGAAUUUGCUGAUAUCAGUUUUCCUUUAUAUUUCACCCACAUCUCAGUGAUAUUUCUUAAUCAGGGAUUUUCAAUAUUCUGCCACCAUUGCCUGCUUGGCUUGGUAAAAAAAUAUAUUGGCUAACUUCUCCCUCAUUUCCUGUGUACAGUGGACCCUCGGGUUAUGUACCACUCUGGAUAUGUAAUCUUCGGGUUGCAAAAGCGGCAAACCUGGAAGUGGGUUUUGCCACUCACACAUGCUCAGAAGUGCUCUAUUGCGCCGUGUGCAUGCACAGAAGCAGUGUCUCUGGUUACUGAUUUUUCGUGGUGCACACAGACCCCCAAAACGAAUUAAAUUCAGCGGCCAGAAUAUUGAUCGCAAAGAAUUGGAAGGGGGAGAAAAUACCAUCAUUAUUAGAAUGGCAAAGCAAACUCUGUGGGUUUGUGGAAAUGGCAAAAUUGACCGCAAUCAUUAGAGGCCAUUCAAAUCAGAGAAUAAUUAGGAGUGGGAUGGAGUGAAGGAAUACAUGAAAAAAUAUGGUUUCGGAACUGGAAUAUUAAUAAAUAAUGUGUAAAAUGUGCAGGGUUAAGCAAGGAAAUAAUAAAAGAAUCAAUUGAAUAAUUAUUAAACUACGCCAACACAACAAGAUGGAAGAAGUUUUAAAAAAUAUUGAGAUCACACAUGGGUGAAGGGGAGUGGGGGGGGUAUAGGGGAAUUUAUAAAAAUUUCUAAUAUAAUAUUUCUAAUUGUGUUGCAAAGGGAAGUCUAUCGCAAUUAGGUAUAUUUUAAUCUAGUCAACUAUGUAACAGGCUUAUGUUACAAAAUGAAUAUGGAUUUUGAAUUUGAUGUUUGUAAUUCUUUUUCGGUUUUGGAAUAAAGUUUAAAAAGAAAAGAAAAGAAAGAAAGAACUGAAUUAAAUUCAUAACCAGAGGGUCCACUGUACCACUCUCUAACCAUUCUAUCUCUCCUUGCUCUGUUAUCCCAUCUAUGAUAUAUCUUAACCAAUUUGCUAUAUAAUAUAAAUUUAUGUUGGGGAGACAGAGUUCUCCUGUUUUCUGGGGUUUAUACCAUCUUCUUUUUGUUAAUUCUAGGUUUCUUAUCCCCAUUACAAAAUUUAUUGAUCAUACCAGCAUUUCUACAAUCCCUUUCCAGCCCAGGGGCUUCUCUGUGUUGUGGGUAGUGUGGCUGUGUGUCCCUCUGUAGAGUGGACAGUCCUCUAUUUCAGCGCCCCCCCCCAACUUUUCUGGGCUACUGCCCCCUUGGUCCCACAAACGCCUCUGCAGUGCCCCCUAUCCUAUAAAAAGCAAUAUUCGGAACAACGGUUCGCAUGUCCCACUAAGGGAGAUAACAACUCAAUCAAAUCCAAAGCAGCGGCAAUUGAUUGCACACUUACUCAAAAUCCAAUUAAAGCCAUUUAGUUUAAUUAACUCAACGGGGUGGAUGAACUUGAUUCAGCGAUGGCAGCUUUUCAAAAUCUGAUAGUCAUUGACACCUCCAGCGCUCCCUUGGCUCUUAGCACCCGCUAGGUGACUCCCCCACAGGGGGUGGUACCACCACCCACUGUGGAAACCACAGAUCUAUUGAUAGUGAAAGCUCUGGUUUUCCCAGUAGUGAUGUAUGGAAGUGAGAGCUGGACCAUAAAGAAGGCUGAUCGCCGAAUAAUUGAUGCUUUUGAAUUAUGGUGCUGGAGGAGACUCUUGAGAGUCCCAUGGACUGCAAGAAGAUCAAACCUCUCCAUUCUGAAGGAAAUCAGCCCUGAGUGCUCACUGGAAGGACAGAUCGUGAAGCUAAGGCUCCAAUACUUUGGCCACCUCAUGAGAAGAGAAGACUCCCUGGAAAAGACCCUAGAAUCAUAGAGUUGGAAGAGACUACAAGGGCCAUCGAGUCCAACCCCCUGCCAAGCAGGAAACACCAUCAGAGCACUCCUGACAUAUGGUUGUCAAGCCUCUGCUUAAAGACCUCCAAAGAAGGAGACUCCACCACACUCCUUGGCAGCAAAUUCCACUGUCGAACAGCUCUUACUGUCAGGAAGUUCUUCCUAAUGUUUAGGUGGAAUCUUCUUUCUUGUAGUUUGGAUCCAUUGCUCCGUGUCCGCUUCUCUGGAGCAGCAGAAAACAACCUUUCUCUCUCCUCUAUGUGACAUCCUUUUAUAUAGUUGAACAUGGCUAUCAUAUCACCCCUUAACCUCCUCUUCUCCAGGCUAAACAUGCCCAGCUCCCUUAGCCGUUCCUCAUAAGGCAUCGUUUCCAGGCCUUUGACCAUUUUGGUUGCCCUCCUCUGGACACGUUCCAGUUUGUCAGUGUCCUUCUUGAACUGUGGUGCCCAGAACUGGACACAGUACUCCAGGUGAGGUCUGACCAGAGCAGAAUACACUGGCACUAUUACUUCCUUGAUCUAGAUGCUAUACUCCUAUUGAUGCAGCCCAGAAUUGCAUUGGCUUUUUUAGCUGCCGCGUCACACUGUUGGCUCAUGUCAAGUUUGUGGUCAACCAAGACUCCUAGAUCCUUUUCACAUGUACUGCUCUCAAGCCAGGUGUCCCCAUCUUGUAUUUGUGCCUCUCAUUUUUUUGCCCAAGUGCAAUACUUUACAUUUCUCCCUGUUAAAAUUCAUCUUGUUUGUUUUGGCCCAGUUCUCUAAUCUGUCAAGGUCGUUUUGAAGUGUCAUCCUGUCCUCUGGGGUGUUAGCCACCCCUCCCAGUUUGGUGUCAUCUGCAAAUUUGAUCAGGAUGCCCUUGAGUCCAUCAUCCAAGUCGUUGAUAAAGAUGUUGAAUAAGACCGGGCCCAAGACAGAACCCUGAUGAGAUGGUUGGACAGUGUUCUCAAAGCUACCAGCAUGAGUUUGACCAAACUGUGGGAGGCUGUGGAAGACAGGAGUGCCGGGUGUGCUCUGGUCCAGGGGGUCACGAAGAGUCGGACAUGACUAAACGACUAAACAACGACAUUGGGUGGCCUGUCCGGUCCAAGCCCAGUUUAAAGAUGAUGAACUCUAAGAAGGGAGAGCAGGGGUGUGUGUGUGUGUGUGUGUGUGUAAAGCCAUCUUGGUUCAUGUUAGCGGUACCAAAGUGACCUCUCUGGGGCGCAAGCCUAGAGAUCUUGGUCUGCCCAGACAACAAGACUCCCCUCUCAACCUUGCUGCAUGUUAAAUUGCUGCUUUAGGGGUUGUUUUUAAAAGUCUGGAACGGAUUAAUCCAUUUUGCAUUACUUUCUAUGGGAAAGUGCGCCUUGGUUUUGGAACGCUUUGGUUUUGGAACGGACUUCCGGAACGGAUUAAGUUUGAGAACCAAGGUACCACUGUACAUAAAAUUGCCGGAGGGUCAUUACUUCUUAUUGGGGCUUGCUUGCCUGCCAGAGAUCAUUACAUGUGGUUUGCCAUGGUUGGCCACUCCUGGAAAAAUCGUUGCAGGGGGAUGUAGGGAGAGAAAAUGUUCUCGAUCGUGUCUUCUUCUUCCUCUGCAGAACUGCUCACCCCGCCUGGGGUUCAGACGCCAGCCAAUUCCUCCUGCCGCUACAACGGAACAGCCUACCGGCAUGGCGACAUCUUCACCCACAACGAGCUCUUCCCUUCCAGACAGUCAAAUCAGUGCACCCAGUGCAGUUGCUCGGUAAGUGGCUUCGGAGAGCGUUCUGGUCGCCUCUCCCCAAAACGGACGUUGAGGAGUUGGGAAAGGUUCGGAAGAAGGAAACCCAAAUGAUCAAAUCUCACGGAACAGGGCAACCCGAGCAUGUAUCAAAAUUGAGGAGCUGCAAUAUAUGACAACAGGCCUGGGGAAAACGAAAGAAAGCAUUUGCUUAGCACACACUAACAUCAGGGUAGGGGCCUGGUGGGGAUACGAUGAUACGAUACGAUACGAUAAUCUUUAUUGUCAUUGUCCCAUACAGAACAAUGAAAUUGAAAAAAUCUACAUAAGACAUUCAAAACCAACAAGCCUGCUAUCCCAGCUAUCCCAACCUGGUUAGCCGCCUAAAAACUCUGAUAUCCCAUUUUUAAAUACAAUAUACUCCCAUAGAGACUACCUUUAAAAGGUAAAGGGACCCCUGACCAUUAGGUCUAGGCCGACUCUGGGGUUGGGGCGCUCAUCUUGCUUUAUUGGCUGAGGGAGCCGGCGUACAGCUUCCGGGUCAUGUGGCCAGCAGGACUAAGCCGCUCCUGGCAAACCAGAGCAGCGCACGUGAACGCCGUUUACUUUCCCGCCAGAGCGGUACCUAUUUAUCUACUUGCACUUUGACGUGCUUUCGAACUGCUAGGUUGGCAGGAGCAGGGACCGAGCAACGGGAGCUCACUCCAUCGCGGGGAUUCGAACUGCCGACCUUCUGAUCGGCAAGUCCUAGGCUCUGUGGUUUAACCCACAGCGCCACCCGCGUCCAGAGACUACCUUACCCUGCGUUUAAAACCAAAUUCACAUUUGGAUAGAAACUGUUUCUCAGGCGGCUAGUCCUAGUCUUUAUAACCCUGGACCUUCUUCCAGAAGGCAGAAGCUGAAAGAGAUCAUAAGUGCGUCCUAUCCUGCGCUAUCUCUGCAGCUUUCUUAUGGCACCCGGAAGCAUAGAUUUCAUCCACCUUACCUUGGAAACCCAGCUAGAUGCGCGGGGUAGAAAUAAUAAAUUAUUAUGAUGUGUUUAUUAUUGGAAAGGCAGGCGUGUACAGGCAGGAGCCUUUUCAGUCAUAAGCUGGGCACCCAAGCUCUGGGGAAACGGACGGUUAGACUACUGCAAUGUGAUGUAGCUGGGCCUGCCCUUGAAGACGGUUUGGAAAUGCUAGCUAGCUCAAAGCACAUCUGGUGGGGAUGUGCUGCUAUUGACGAAGUAUCUGGAUUUCUUGUGUUUUUCUCAGGAAGGCCACAUUUACUGCGGCCUGGUGACCUGCCCAGAGGUGUUGUGUGCUUCUCCCGAAACCAUGCCAGGCUCCUGCUGUCAAGUCUGCAGAGGUAAUAUAAGAACCAUGAUCCUCGCCACAUCCCUCGCUCCUGCACAUCCCUCGCUCCUGAAAUACAAAACAAAUUUCAUACAUAUAGACAUAAAUAUGGUUAUUUAUACAUCUAUAAAGCAAUAUUCAGAAAGAAAGAGAAGGAAAAAAGACUAGACAAAGAAAGAAAAAAGGAAUAAAGGAAUAAAAGAAAAAAGGAUUUAAAAUAGAAAUUUAGAAAAUAGAAAAGUGUUCGCUAUAAACAACAGUUCCAGAUCUAUGCUUGCAUACUACUAUAUAUUUCCAUCUUGCAAGACAUCAACCUUAAUUAAAAUGUUUUUAAAAGACUUCCACCAUUUACACCAAGAUCUUGUCUGCUGCCAAACACUGCCCUAUGUUAACAUUUCCUGGGUUGCCCUGAGAAGGAAUUGGUUGUUUUUCUUUUUCUUUUCUUUUUCUUUUUUUAUAAUAAUUUUUAUUAAGUUUUCCAUAUUUAGUCACGUUUUAUUACAUAAAUCUAUAACCUUAAGCAUUGCUCAAACAGAGCAUCGACCUCCUUCCCUCCCUCUUUCUGACUUCCAAACAUCUUUAAGUAAAUCCUUAGCAUUUCUAUAACCACUUUUUAACCUUCUAUCUUCUUUUAACAUUUCACCUCAUUACAGUAUAUGUAAAACAGCUCCUUAUUUUAACAUUAUAAAAUGAAACAUUUGUACUAAGGUCAAAGCCUUCUGGGAUAUAAUAUGCAAUGAAUUAAAGAAGGUUUUUAAAUAUAAUUUCAACAAAAUACCAGAGGCAUUUUUGUUAGGUUUAAUUGGAGAGGAAAUUCAGGAAAAAGAUGUAAAUUUGUUUAUGUAUGCCACAACGGCUGCAAGGAUACUUCUGGCCCAGAAAUGGAAGCAGCAGGAACUUCCUACGUUGGCAGUUAAAGAUGGUGGAAUACGUCAAGUUGGCAAAGCUGUUGGGACGAGACGAACUGUUUCAAAAGGACUGGAGCAAAUUUAUAUUUUACAUGAAAGAAAAUUGUAAACAUUUGAAAACGUUUUUAGGAAUUGGUUGUUUUUCUAGCGCCAUCUCAAGCUCCUUUGCUCUCCUCCUAGAGGAAGAUUAUUUUUCCGGGUGGCGCUGUGGGUUAAACCACAGAGCCUAGGACUUGCCGAUCAGAAGGUCGGCGGUUCGAAUCCCCACGACGGGGUGAGCUCCCAUUACUUGGUCCCUGCUCCUGCCAACCUAGCAGUUCAAAAGCACGUCAAAGUGCAAUAGAUAAAUAGGUACCGCUCCGGCGGGAAGAUAAACGGCGUUUCUGUGCGCUGCUCUGGUUCGCCCAAAGCAGAUUAGUCUUGCUGGCCACAUGACCCGGAAGCUGUACGCCGGCUCCCUCGGCCAGUAAAGCGAGAUGAGCGCUGCAACCCCAGAGUCGGACACUACUGGACCUAAUGGUCAGGGGUCCCUUUACCUUUACCCAGGAGCAUCUGGAGCUGUUUUGCUGCCUGAGGCAGAGGUCUAGGGCAGCAGGCUAGUUUGGGGGCUGCAGGGCAGACCAUGUGGCCCCCAUUCCUAGCUCUAUUCCAACACCACCCGAAUUUACCGCCUGAGGCAGCUGCCUCCCUCUGCCUCAUGGAAGGACCGGCCCUGCCUCUCCCCAUCCCAUCUGAACUCCUUGCAUUUGGUUAUAUAGGGCGGUAGAGGUAGGGAUUCUGUGGCAGGGGUCAGCAAACUUUUUCAGCAGGGGACCACUGUCCCUCAGACCUUGUGGGGGGCCGGACUAUAUUUUGAAGAAAAAAAAUAUGAACGAAUUCCUAUGCCCCACAAAUAACCCAGAGAUGCAUUUUAAAUAAAAGGAUGCAUUCUACUCAUGUAAAAACAUGCUGAAUCCGCGGGCUGGAUUUAGAAGGUGAUUGGGUCGGAUCCGGGCCCCGGGGCCUUAGUUUGCCUACCCAUGGACUAGAGCAGGCAUAGGCAAACACCAGCCCUCCAGAUGUUUGGGACUAAAAUUCCCAUCACCCCUAGCUAACAGGACCACUGGUCAGGGAUGAUGGGAAUUGUAGUCCCAAACAUCUAGAGGGCCGGAGUCGAUUCCUGGACCAUCUGCAGGCCAGAUUUAGAAGGCGAUUUGGCCGGAUCCAGCCCCCUGGCCUUAGUUUGCCUACCCAUGUUCUAUGGUUUCUUCAAGUUCUCUCCCUUAAGAAGUUUCUCUCUCCCUCUGUUUGAUAUAGUGAAUAGUUGCUUCCUUGGGAGUGAAGGCCAAUAGGGUGUCAUGACGGAGGGGUGUGUGUGGUCGACUGCGUUUCACCUCAGGGUGCUCCUGUUAAGCCCAGAGAUCCCAGAUAUUUGCUGCCCUCACAAUUUGAAAGUUAACUUUCAACUGGGUUAACUCUAUGCACACAUAACGUUAACAUUUGAAAUGCAGCAAUCGCUUCUUAAAGAACUACACGUAAAACGUUUCAGACGGAAACAUUCGUUAUCUUUCAAACAGAAACAAGAAAGAAAACUUGAUCAAUUUAAAAAGGGCCACAAAAGUGCUUUCAGGCCAAUAAGUGAAAAAUGGGUGCGUGAUGUUACAGGCACCAGCCAGUCCAUGCUGUGCUCAGUGGCCAUCUUAAAGCUGCAGAUCCAUUUUUUCUUUCUUUUUUUUAAUAAUAAUUUUCAUUAAAUUUUAACAUAUAAAUUAUAGUACAUACCACAAAACUUCAUCUCUUAUACAAUCUUUUUUGGACUUCCAUUAGCUCCUCUGAUGAUCCACCGUUUUAACCACUUCUUAAAAUUAUAUUACCUUUAAUUGUCUUCACUAACCAACCCCCCCUUCCUUUUUGCAAUAAUUCUAAAAAUACUCCUCACAAAACUUCUUGCAAACCUACAAACGUAGUCUGUUCAUCACAAAUACUUUUCAAAUAGUCUGUAAAUUUACUCCAGUCUUCAGUGAAUUUCUGGUCCCGCCAGUUUUGAAUCCUUCCUGUUAAUUUAUCCAGUUCUGCAUAGUCCAUUAAUUUCAUCCUCCAUUCUUCUUUCGUCGGUAAUUCUUCUUGCUUCCAUUUUUGGGCCAAUAAUGUUCUUGCUGCUGUUGUUGCGUAUAAGAACAGCUUACAUUCCUUUCUAUUUAUAUCACUCCCCACAAUGCCCAGUAAAAAUGCUUCUGGUUUCUUUAAAAUGUAUAUUUCAACAUUUUUAAAAUCUCAUUAUAUAUCAUCUCCCAGAAGCUUUUCAGUUUUUCACUUUACUUGAUCCUGGAGAGGAAAUGGUUCACCUGGACAAAAUAUAGUGAGUGUUACAAAGGGGGACUACCACUCAAAUAAUGUUUUGGUCAGGUUAGGAAUCUGAAUGAAUAAACAGGAGAGGCUAAACUGAUGGACCAAGAUGUAUGCUUACUAUGUGAAGCUCCCACCUAGAUCUAUGCUCUUUCUUUCCUCUUUGCAGAUAAUUCCUUUGAGAGGUUGAUAGAAGAGCCCCAAUUAAACAGAGGCGUCGUAAGUAAAGCUUUCAGUUUUUAUUUCUUUAAAAUACACAAUUCAUUAAGAGGCAUGUUCUUUUGACAUCGCUCACUAGCAGGUCGCCUCGCGUGCAAUGAACGUUACGGGUUCUCAGAAUUUGCCGUGAUAAAAGGUGACAUAGAGAGAGUGGAUAGAGGAGGGUUUUUUUAUAGAUUUAUAGUUUUUUUUAUAUAGAUUCAUAGAAUUAUAGAGCUGGAAGGGAGCCAUCUAGUCUCUACAAUGCAGGAAUUCCAGCUGAAGAAUCCCUCUCAUAACACUGGAAUUGAAGCUGCAUUUUGGGAGAUUCAGGGCAGAUAAAAGAAAGGACUUCUUCACACAGCGCACAGUUGAACUAUGGAACUCCUUGCCACAUGAGGCAGCAAUGGCAACCAACCCGGAUGGCUUUAAAAAAGGAUUAGACUAAUUCACGGAGGAGAGGGCUGUCGAAGGCUACUAGCCAGGAUGAUAAUAAUAAUAAUAAUAAUAAUAAUAAUAAUAAUAAUAUUUAUAUCCCGCCCUCCCCAGCUGAAGCUGGGCUCACAGCGGCUAACAACAGUAAAAUAAUACAGCAUUCUAAAAUCAAUUCAUUCUAAAUUCAGUUCAAAUCAAAUUGAUGGCAACCAUUGGGCUAGAGUUCUGUGAGGAUUGCCAAAGGAGGGGGUCAGGCUGUGCCCUGGCCAAAGGCCUGGCGGAACAGCUCUGUCUUGCAGGCCCUGCGGAAAGAUGUCAAGUCCCGCAGGGCCCUAGUCUCUUGUGACAGAGCGUUCCACCAGAUCGGGGCCACGGCCGAAAAAGCCCUGGCUCUGGUUGAGGCCAGCCUAACCUCCCUGUGGCCCGGGAUCUCCAAGAUGUUUUUAUUUGAAGACUGUAAGGUCCUCCGUGGGACAUACCAGGAGAGGCGGUCCCGUAGGUACUAGGGUCCUAGGCUGUAUAGGGCUUUAAAGGUUAAACCUUUAACCUGACCCUGUACUCCACCGGGAGCCGGUGCAGCUGGUAUAGCGCUGGGUGAAUGUGAUCCUGCAGCAAAGACCCCGUAAGGAGUCUCGCCACGGCAUUCUGCACCCGCUGGAGUUUCUGGGUUAGCUUCAAGGGCAGCCCCACGUAGAGCGAGUUACAAUAAUCCAGUCUAUAGGUGACCGUCGCGUGGAUCACAGUGGCUCUGUGUGUCUCCACAGUCGGAGGCAGCAGUGCUUGUGAAUCCCAGGAGGGGAGAGUUGCGCUUGUGUUUGACUCCCUCUUGCGGGUUUCCUGCAGGCAUCUGGCUGGCAACUGUGAGAACGGGAUGCUGGACUAGAUGGGCCGUUGGUCUGAUCUAGGAGGUUCUGCUUAGGUUCUUAUUCAACUGAUUUCCAGCACCGUCCCAUUUACAGUCAUACCUCGGGUUACAGAUGCUUCAGGUUGUGUUUUUUUGGGUUACGGACCGCCGAAACCUGGAAAUACCGGAACGGGUUACUUCCAGGUUUCGGCAGUUGUGCAUGCGCAGAAGUGCUAAAUCGCAUUUUGCGCAUGCUCAGAAACGUCAAAUCACAACCCACGCGUGCGCAGACGUGGUGCUGUGGGUUGCGAACGCUGCGGGUUGCGAAUGUGCAUCCCGCACGGAUCACAUUCGCAACCCGAGUGUCCACUGUAUUUAUUUAUUUUUAAUUGCAAACAAAAAGAAAGAAAGAACUUUGGCCUACAUCCACAGUGAUCCAUUAAUCCCAAUCUAAAAAUAUAUAUCAGUAUAGGCAGCCCAUAUAUCACAAUAGCUAUCCAAAUGAGAUUGAUGAUUAGAAGGUAUACAGUGGUACCUUGGUUCUCAAACUUAAUCCGUUCCGGAAGUCCGUUCCAAAACCAAAAGUGUUCCAAAACCAAGGCGUAAUUUCCCAUAGAAAGUAAUGCAAAAUAGACGGAUCCGUUUCAGACUUGUAAAAACAACCCCUAAAACAGCAAUUUAACAUGAAUUUUACUAUCUAACGAGACCAUUGGUCCAUAAAAUGAAAGCAAUAAACAAUGUGCUGCAGUCACACAAUCAAUCAAUCAAUCAAUCAAUCAGUAGCUGAACUGGGUUCCACACAGUCACAAAAAAAGAAAGAAAAAGAGCCACAAAGAUGCAAAAUAAAUAGCAAAAACCGACAGACCUCUGCGUAACAUUCAAAGCGGAAGUGUGGCACUCAAAUCGGAGCACGUUUGGCUUCCAAAAAAAGUUCGCAAAGCGGAACACUUACUUCUGGGUUUGCAGUGUUUGGCUGCCAAGUUGUUUGAGUCCCAAGGUGUUUGAGAACUAAGGUACCACUGUCCUGUACUUUCAAAUGUAGAAUGUAGAAAGGUCAGCGAGAUCUUCAGACCACCGAGUGACGGGUGGUGGAUCUUUAUCCUCCCAACCUUGAAACAUAGCUAUCAACGUUUCCCUUUUUUUAAGGGAAAUUCCCUUAUUCCGAAUAGGAUUCCUCGCAAGAAAAGGGAAAAGUUGACAGCUAUGCCUUGGAAUCUCUUUGCCUCCGUAAGGGCUCUCGGAAUCCGCUUUCGUUGCCCCCCGUUAGUCCCCGCAUCUCAGGAACUGUAACUCUAAAGAGCCUUUAACUGAAUGAGACUAGAAUCAGAGUUGGCUGAGACACCUGAGGGUCAUCCAGCCUGACCCCAUGCAAUGAGAUCGCCUGCUGAAUUGACUGGGGAUCUUUCCAUGUUGUCUGGCUCUGCAGAGGCACCCCCGUUACCACUGCGCGGUGGGCGCCGGGAGCAGAGGAUCUGCCGGAGCAGUUGAUCCCCCGACGGGCGCCUCGUUGGAACUGAUUCCCAAGAGCAUCAAGCAGAAAGUGGGGAGUGGCGGAACGACGGUCAGAAUCAUCCUGAAGGAGCAGAACAAAAAAGGUAACAUCAGUUCAGGUGAACACUGCAAUGUGCUCUAGGUGAGCCUUCUUCCCUUGCGCCUGAAGCUGCGGUCAGCGCAGGAUUGGGGCAUAUCGGAUUUUUCAACUUUCCUUUUUUGAAUAAUUUUUUUUAUUGGCAUUUUUGAUAAUUUUAUACAUAUUUAACAUAAUCAUUUCAAACAUUAAAAUACAUGGUUUUUUUUGAACUUCCUUCCCUCCCUUCAUGGGUUCCACGUUUAAAUUUGUUGCAUCUUUUAAUAAUAAUAAUAAUAAUAAAUUUUUAUUUAUACCCCGCCCUUCCUGGUUCAGAAAACCGGGCUCAGGGCGGCUAAUAACAAAUUUAAAACACUUAAUUGAUGCAAAGAAAAACAGCAUAAAAUACAGUAUAAAACGUAAAUAGCAAUAAAUUCAGAAUUCAAAAAUCAAUUUGGGGGAAAAUCCAUGCAAUAAACAUAAGAUGAUCACCAGGGCUAGCUGGCUAAAUUAGUGCUAUUUGGGCCAGUGAGGAGACCGGGGGAGAAUUAGCUGUGGGAUACCAGAGCGGGUAAUCUUCUUUUACCAUUAUCCAUCUGUUAUAUAUCCAUGAUUAUCAUAAAUAAUUCCACAUUACAAGUGUCAUUACAUCCCUGCCAGAGAUUUUAACUGUUUAUGAUGGUCCUUUAAAUAAAUUACAAAUCUGCUCCCGUCUUUAGAAAAUACUUGAUCUUCCUGGUUUUGGAUUUUCCUCAUCAGUUUCGCCAUCUCUCCUUACUCCAUCAGUUUCGUCUUUUGUUGGUACUUCUCCUUCCUUCCAUUUCUGAGCUAGGAACAUUCUCACUGCCAUCGUUGCGUACAUAAAAAGUAUUUUGUCUUUUUCAACUUUCCAAUUCCCGAAAUGAUUGGUGCCACAAAGUUGCAAUGUGACUUGAGAAUUCAAAAGAUAUUUUGGUUACAUCAAUACAAUUUAGUUUUGCUUGGUAAGAAACGAGUGUGAAAAUUUGCGCAGAAAUCAUUAACAACGAUGGCCAAGGACUUGCAUUCAUAUUAUUUAUGUUUUUAGUACGACCUGACAUUUUCAGAAGGUAACGUUAAAACCCUUUGCUUUUCCGGAAGCAGUUGAUGCGCUUCUUCAUCAAAUGUAGACUUACCAAGCUAAAGUUAUUCAAAUAAUAAUAAUAAUAAUAAUAAUAAUAAUAGAUAGCAGAUUGGAAAUUCUCACACUCCAAAACAUAUUUUUCAGACCUCUCACGGAUGAAAUAAGCAAAAAUUAAGCUUCGCCCCCUAAAAAGGCACACCCUAGUGCACGUGUCGUAUGAUACAACACCUGGGCUGCUCAGAGAUCUGCAAGAGUUGGGCUCUGCCAUUGAUUUGUUUGCAGAGAGGUUACUGUGGGAUGUGAUCCGUGAGAGGCAGUCAAGUACAACAUUCCUUGAAAUGCUAGAGAAGACAUGCCAGGAACUUCCUGUUCCUCCUGGCUGGAGCAUCCUUCCUUUUGCAUGUAUUAGAAGGUGGGUGUGACCUAACCUGUCCAGGUAACAAAAGGACGAGUCACGCAGCACACCUCCCUCUCUUUUUGACUUCCUUCUUCGUUUGACCAGCUUCUAGCUAGGACUGUUCUGCCAGCUCUCAGCUAGCAGAAGCACUGGGAUUAUUCCCCCAUAUGGGGUAGAUCCACAUGUACAUAUUUGUAACUAAGUCUGCUUUCAGGAAUCCAACCGUGAACUGAUGUGAGUAAACUUCUUUUAUUGACUUUGAAUAAGAGUGUCGUGUCUUUAUUCUUUUAAGAGGGAUUCAAGGGAACUUACCAGGAAUGUACAGUUCAAUCUGAGACAGACUGAAUUGUAUAAUAGUCAGAGGCUCACACGAGCCUUCAACCAGCUAUCUGUUGUGCAUAUUAAAAGGGGGAAUGUAACUCUGCUACAUAAAGGAACUUGCUAGCGCAAGUUAGGAAGGAUAUGAAUAAACAAUAUAUCCUCUCCUGCCACCUUGAACAUUCCCACAGUUACAUGACAACAAGCAUUGAUUCCCCUUAUCCCCCAAGCCCUGCUCCAACUGAAUCUGUCCCUAUGCACCUGCCAUCUUGCUGGAUGUAAUCCAUUAGUACAGUCAAAUGCAACAUUCCUUAUUUCCCUAGUGUGGGCACAGGGAGAGGGACUUCCAGUCAGUGUAAUUUCCUGUUCUGCUGGUCUGGAGCGUCCCCCCACGUGUGACCUGGGAGAUGCGGCUGGCUCUGGCUGGCUCCAUAAAAGAGCCACGUCACGCAGCCAUUUUCUCAGUUCGUCUUGAAGUUGUCUUGUUCCAGUGUUGUCUUGUUCUCUCUUUUGCCGCCACGCUGCUCUCCUGCAGCCACUUUGUUGUCUUAAUGUAAUCUUGCUCUCUGCUGGCUCUCACGUGAGUUCAGUCUCCCUAUGAGAUGAACUCACAGUUUCUUUAUGUAACUACCAGGUAAAGCCUGCCUUUCAGGCAUCAAAUUGUGAACUGAAAUGUGAGUAAACGUCUUGUUACUUUACUCAGAAAGACUCUCGUGUCUUUAUUCUUUUAGGAGGGAUUAAAGGGGACACCAGGAAAUGAUCUUAACUAAGAGAUUCAAACAAAUCUGCAAACUAGCUUCCAGCUAUAUUGAGGGGAAUCUGCUCUGCUACAUCACUUACCAGCUUGAGAGAAGGAAGGAUAAUACUUAUUCAAUAUAUCCUUUCUUACUAUCCUUAAGGACGCGGGUGGCGCUGUGGUCUAAACCACUGAGCCUCUUGGGCUUGCCGAUUGGAAGGUUGGUGGUUCGAAUCCCCACAACGGAGUGAGCUCCUGUUGCUCUGUCCCAGCUCCUGCCAACCUAGCAGUUCGAAAGCAUACCAGUGCAAGCAGAUAAAUAGGUACUGCUGCGACGGGAAGGUUUCCGUGCGCUCUGGUUUCUGUCACGGUGUCCCAUUGUGCCAGAAGCGGUUUAGUCCUGCUAGUCACAUGACAAGGGAAGCUAUCUGUGGACAAACGCUGGCUCCCUUGGGCUGAAAGUAAGAUGAGCGCUGCAACCCCAUAGUCACCUUUGACUGGACUUAACCAUUCAGGGGUCCUUUAUCUUUAGUCGUUUAGUCAUGUCCGCCUCUUCGUGACCCCCUGGACCAGAGCACGCCAGGCCCUCCUGUCUUCCACUGCCUCCCGCAGUUUGGUCCAACUCAUGCUGGUAGCUUCGAGAACACUGUCCAACCAUCUCGUCCUCCUCUGUCGUCCCCUUCUCCUUGUGCUCUCCAUCUUUUCCAACAUCAGGGCCUUUUCCAGGGAGUCUUCUCUUCUCCUGAGGUGGCCAAAGUCUUGGAGGCUCAGCUUCACAAUCUGUCCUUCCAGUGAGCACUCAAGGCUGAUUUCCUUCAGAAUGGAGAGGUUUGAUCUUUUUGGGACUCUCAAGAGUCUCCUCCAGCUCCUUUACCUUUUACCUUCCUACUAUCCUUAACUUUCCCAGACAUCUCAAAUGGCUUGAACUUGGACUGCACUCUUUAUUUUUUUCGUAUUUUCACCUGUGGUCUUCUCUCUUUAUCUCUCUCUCUCUCUCUCUCUCUCUCUCUCUCUCUCUCUCUCUCCAGCUUGUGUAUACAACGGGAAGACCUACUCGCAUGGAGAAGUGUGGCACCCCACGAUCCGCCACUUUGUGCUCCUCCCCUGCAUCCUGUGCACCUGCAAAGACGGGAGCCAGGAUUGCCGGAAGAUCACAUGCCCCAAGGAGUACCCCUGCGAGGAACCCGAAAAUGUGGAAGGGAAAUGUUGUAAAGUCUGCCCAGGUAAUAAACAGACACACUGACUGCAUUUCAUGCCUGUGUGUAUUACCCCUUUGCUGUAUAGGAUUGGGGGGGUGGCAGAUUGCGAGGGUGGGGUGGACUAGAUGAAUCUCAAGGGUCCCUUCCAAGUCUACAAUUCUAGGAUUCUAGGACUAGGAAGAAUACUAAGGUGGGGCGUGCACAGAAAUGCAUAUAUUUCCAAAACACAUGGGGAAAGAUGCAUGCCAAAAUGUGAAUUUUAGGCAACACUGAAUAAGAAAAUGUGUACGUUAGGAGGAAUUUGUACUCAGAUCGCAAACUGGUGUGGAAAUGUGGAGAACGGAUAGACACCAUAUAUUACAAGGACAGGAAGAAACAUUACAGACAGAAUAAUUGCCACACACAGGAAGAACCAGAAGAGAGUUUGAAUGCUUCACCUGUGGGUGUAUUAAUCAUUUCAUGUGCCGAUACGAAUGGAAGCCGUUAAAACUGCCCCUGCAAUGUAAAGGAUUGCUAUUUCGACUGGAGCCUAAUUGGAAUUUGUAAGAUCUUGGAACGCAGAAAUAAAGCAAAUCAUCAAACCAUCAAUUCUAGCUCACAGGUUGCCACCUAAAUUGUUUAAUUUGGCAUCUUAGUUGUAUUGUAAUUUGGCAUUGUUAUAAUGAGGUUAUGGGACGUGGGGGCACCGUGGGUUAAACCACAGAGCCUAGGGCUUGCCGAUCAGAAGGUUAGUGGUUCGAAUCCCCGCAACGGGGUAAGCUCCCAUUGCUCUGUCCUAGCUCCUGUCAACCUAGCAGUUUGAAAGCACACCAGCGCAAGUAGAUAAAUAGGUACCACUCCAGCGGGAAGGUAAAUGGCAUUUCCGUGCGCUGCUCUGGUUCGCCGGAAGAGGCUUAGUCAUGCUGGCCGUAUGACCCGGGAAAACUGUCUGCGGACAAACGCCGGCUCCCUCGGCCAGUAAAGCGAGACUGGACUUAACUGUCAGGGAUCCUUUACCUUUACCUUUUUAUAAUGAGGCUAUUAUUGGAUUAUUGUAACUGAAAACUAAUAAAAAGUAUUUUUAAAAAAAUGGAAAUGUGGAGAGUGGGAAAGUGGGAAAAAUUAGAAUAUGGGAGCUCGCAAAAUGGGUGGACUGGCCCAUCCCAAUGCAAGGGUACGCCAGGGUUAUGUGAAGUCUACAAAUCACUGGGUGCAAAUGUGGCUCCCUCAUCUCUGCCACAAGAAAUUUCACAGGUUCCCUGAAGGAUGAACUUUGGGACAUGCUGCUUGUAUGCAGAGCUGCCACCUCUGAAUUAAACACCACUUAUUUAUAGCUCUGUCCCAGGAAGAAAAUCUCAAGGAAGUGGCCACUGCCGGCUGGGGUGAUCAAGAACCUCGACUAGACACAAUAAACCCAAACUUAAUUUAUUAAUUACUCCGCAAGCAAAAAUAGAACAUUACCAGUGGCGGGUGAAGGAAACACCCCGAGGGCCAGACUACGUCUCCGUGAGCCCCUUGGCAGGCCAAAGAUAAACAUGGCAGGCGGUUGGAAAACAAGAAUGAUGCAGGGGGAACCGGGAAGAGUGUAAAUGACACCUCGGCGUGGGUGUGUGAAGGAGCCAGCGGGGUGUCACUCAUUUGGGUCCUGGAACUGGGACCAUGCCAUGACCUGAGGCUUUGGUGGACUGUCUUGCCAGAGUGGUGCAUGCUCUAGUUAUCUCUCGCUUGGACUACUGCAAUGCGCUCUAUGUGGGGAAACAGGACAGGGGAAGGAAAUGUGGUUCCUGUUGUUGUAAACAAAAAUUGCCCUUUUCCCUUAUGGGGUAUCCAAGAGCCUGUAUAGAGUCCUUACAUAGGUUCCCUAUUGGUAGGAGAAAAUAACAGAGGCCAACCAGAGAAUAUUGAGAAGCAAAGCAGCUAGUAAGCUUGAUCUUUAUUGAUCUGUUGCAACAGGGUGCUCCCCUCACACGCAGGAAAGGAGGAGGAACCCAGAACAAUGGUGCGCAAGGCCUUAUAAAGACUUUUGAAAUUGCCACCCUGUAGAUCAAGAACACCCCCAGAAACAUCAUGCAUACAUCACAGAAGGGGUGUAACCUAAGACCACCCCUCAGAUACAUCAUACCUACAUCACAGAAAAGGCGGUCUUAAAACAGAAAUUUGAAUGUUGUUUUUCUCCUGUCAUUGUUUAUCUCCUGUCUGACAGGUUACUUGAUUGGAUUGCCUGGGGAGCCUGGCCAGUCUUUUGUAAUGAUAAAUACUUAGUUCCUGGGCCAGGUCACAGGCUCACACCCUAUUCAUAUCUUAAAUGUGCCCUUAAGACAGGAUUUGUGAGGAAAGAGACAAUGGGGAGGUUUCCCACUUUGACCUUGCAAAGGAAACAUUUGCUCAGUUUAGGAAUCAAAAUGGUUCCAGGUCGGUCUUCCUGUGCUGAUCUAUGUACAUGCUUGGUUGGUACACUUAUGAAGAUUACCAUAUAUCUAAGACCUCAAAAUUCCUAUCACAAUAUGAAGGAGUGCAGAGGCGGUGUGGGCAGCGGGAAGAGCCAGGCUCUGUCAGGAGUUCAGCCUACACUCGAGUAGGACCCUGGCAGAGACACAUACCUGACUGGCAUGUUCCCUCCCUGCUGGUCGAUUGUUCGGGAGCUUCAUAAGCUUUCUUCAGUCAUCACAAUGACCGAUGCCAACAGAAACCGGCACACUUAGGGAUCUGCAGAGUUUGCGCAUCUUGCGUGACAGACCUCAGCAACUCAGCAUUUUGGCUAAUCUACCUUUAUUUACAUAUAAACACACACGAUGCACUGCAACAUGGCUCCCUCUCUCUCUAGCAUCAGACAGCAAAGAGAGAAAGAACAAAGGACAAUAGUCCCACUUCACGGAACACAGUAACACAAACAUCCUGUCUCCUUCACGUCCCACUCUGUGGAGUCAAAACGCAUACCGUCAUGUGAUAGACAACAAUCCCAUGACUGCAGUCAUGGAGCAGGAAUUCUAACAGGCUCCGUGCAAGGCAGUGGAGAAGCAAGGGAAGGAGGGAGGGGCGCUGGGGGCAGCAGUUGCAGUGUGUAGCCUCGAGCGUGGGGGUCUUUUGAGGUAGAGUGGAUGGGGGGAGCGGUGGUAGAGUCAUGUUUAUUAUGCGCAGAGCUUGGGAUGCAAGCACACACCACACAGCCGAGGAGGUGGUGUGUUGCGGAGCCGGCAGAGAGAGCUCUGGACUGCGGGAAAACAUCCAGAGUGUUCCCGCCUCCGACGGGUGCCCGAGGCACACAGGCACCAAGGCCCCGCUCCGCCUCGCUUACCUCCUGCUCUCCCCUCCCCGGACUCUCUGCCUGGCACCUUCCACGGCUUGGCACCCUGGCUUGCAGCGCCACCACGCCCAAUGGUAAAGACAUCUCUGUUUGUGUGUGCUUUUAGAGGACAAAGAGGCGCCCACCGACAGUGGGGUCGAUACCACCAGAUGCCAAGUGUCCGUCUACAUGUUUGUUCCGUCCUCCGCCUCGGAGAACCCCAAAGAGAACUUGAGGAAGAUUGCGAUCGAGCGGGAAUCCUCGGAAGAUGUCGAGAUCUACAUCUGGAAGCUCGUGAAAGGUGAGGAGCUCUUUCGAACCUGCAGCGCUCUCGCUUUUGUGCAGCUGGGGUUUGGCCUUGCUUUUAAUGAGUAUUAUGAGUUUCAUCUAUUUAUUUCAAGGACUUAUACACAGUCUUUCAACCAAAGCAUUUUCUCUUUUUUAAAUAAUAAUUAUUAUUAAUUUUCCAUUUAAACCUGUUUCAUUGAAUUCUUCAUCAGCCAAUUAGUUCAACACUUGUAAGUAGAGAGAUAUGCAAUUUCUUCAUUAACCAAUCUUUUUUUGAACAGACAUAGACAUCAGAAUUGGACAUUUGCUGAUUAUACAAAGCUUCACAGGCUGCUCUCCGCUGGGUAAAGUCUGGCACUGUGAUUCAUUUAAGGACUUUCAGAGAGUUUUGAUGUUUUGAAUUAUUCCAUAAAGUUUUUCACGUUGUUAUUGUUUCUGCCCAUCGUGUUGCUUUUAAUAGAGAAUCAGGCAAUAACCUGGGAAGUAAAAUUUACUUACUUAGAAUCUGGCCCAAAUAUAAGCCGCACCUUUAAUGCAGCAGUCUGGUUGGUCCUAGAACAAUAGGCUUCAGAAUGCAGCAGUCUGAUUGGUCCUAGAACAAUAGGGUCCAGAAUGCAGCAGUCUGAUUGGUCCACAGGAGCCACCCAAUCCAGCUCCAGGUGGAAGUGAAUCUGCAACCUGAUUGGCCUACAGGUGAAUCCCGGAAUUAGCCAAUCACGUGGGGCCCAUUGUGUAAAUAAUGUAUAUAAAGCAGAUAUUUUGAGGGAACUGCCAUUCCUCCUCACCACUAUGAGCUGAAUAAAGAGCACGAAAUCCACUCUCGACUCCGAGUAUAUUUCACAACUUGAGAGUCCAAACUCAAAGCAGCUCGGAAGGAGGGGUAAUAAAUACUUCCAGAGUAACAAAUGCUUUCUGGACCAAGAGAGCAGGUCACCUAGUUCCUUGUCAUGUUUGACCAGUGAUAUCACUUACAACCUGUCAGCGGUGGAGGCGCUAUGUUUGUGGGGGUUGCCUGUUUUAUACGGCGUUCGUUGGGUGGUCCCUAGGCUGGAGACCAGAGGAGAGGAACCACCCAAAAGGAGUGAUGUGGAAGGAAAGAUUCUGGGCAGCGGAACAAGCCGAACUGAAUUUCAGGUUUUGCCAAUGAAUUGCCCCCCCCAAAAAAUCACGCGCAGAAGGUUGCCGUGUGAGAGAUUGUCCCAAAGUCACUCGGUGAACUUCAAGGCCAAGACAGGAUUUGAACCCAGGACUCCGCAAUCCUGGCACUCUAACCGCUAGACCACACAGCCCUAUGGGCUUGAUAGGAGGCUAAUGGAGCACUGUCCCCUCUCCGCCUGCCACAUUGCAGUGUAGUGGUUGGGCUAAGGUAGGAUGAUGGUUCUGGGGGUGGUCUUCGACUCCAGGAUGGACAAUUUAAAAUGUCUAUAUAAGGAUGGGCACACCUUUGUUCUGGGUCUUCCUCCUUCUCCUGCGUGUGGGGGAGAACCCUGUUGCAACAGUUCAGUAAAGAUCAGGCUUACAAGCUGCUUUGCUUCUCAAUAUUCUCUGGUUGGCCUCUGUUGUUUUCUCCGACCGAUGGAGAACCUGCAAAGGACUCCAUAAGGGCUCUUGUGUUCCCCAUAAGGUAAUAAGGGCAGAUUUUUGUUUAUUACAUUAUCAUCAUCAUCAUCAUCUCUGGAUCCAUCCGAAGUCUGAGGGCCCAUUUCACAGAAUCGUGGAAUUGUAGAGUUGGAAGGGUCCUCAAGGCGUCAUCUAGUCCAACCCUCCGCAAUGGAGCUUGCCUCUGUGUGGAUGGGGGUCCAGGAGGGGUCUCUCAGAGCAGGGCCCAGACCCCCAAACCAUUUUUUCUGAGUGCCCCAGAUGUUUCUCAGUAGGUAAUUAAUUUUGGGGAGAUCGAAUGGGAGUAACUGGGUAGGAUAUUUACACGAGGAAAUAAACUAAUUGAAGAUGAUUUUAUCUAGAGUUGCGGAGGGGGUGUGUUCAGGGGGUGAUAAUUGAAGGGGAACUGAGUUGAUUUGGAGCGGGAUCUGUGGUGAAGUUAAUUGGAAGGACCUGACCUAAGGUAAUCUGGGGUGGAGCCCCAAUUAAUAGGAGACUAUCUGGCAAAGGGCUGGAUGUAAAUAUCAGUUGGCAUGUCUUCUGUGGCAUUCAAAUUAUGGAUCUGCAUUGUGUAUGUGGGAAUUAGCAUAUGCAAAUUCCAUGCAAAGUUGUGCCCCGAGGCUGCAGCCCCACAUCUUUUAUGUGCCUAGCAAAUUGCCCCUGCUUUAAGUCUCUUGGCAGGAUUCGCCUCCGUGACUCAAUGUGGGCGCCCUCUCUCUCUCUCUUUCUCUCUCUCAGAAAAAAAGGCACCUCAGUCCGUUUUCCUCUCCGCUUUAAACAAUUGACUCAAUGGCAGCGGCACAGAAAGGCGCAUAAAUCUGCAGACAAAUAUUUUUAUAUUUCCUGUUUGAGCCACGUUUCAAAACGUCGGGGGAUUAGCAGAAACCCAAAACCCAGUUGCUGUGUCUGCCAGGACGGAUGAAAUAUGUACCAUGUUUGGCCAGAGCUGUGGAAAAAAAGGGAAGGGAAGGGCAGAGAGGAGGAGGUUUCUCUUAGAUAGGAGAAGGGAUGAACGGGCAAAAUAAAAUAAAUGCCCUUUUUAUGCUCCGUGUUAUGGCACAAGCCGGAGCUCCAGGUGGUUCGACAAUAGAGCCAAAGAGUCAUAGGAUUGUUGGAGGGGGUCUCCAGCGGUCAUCUAGUCCAGCCCCCUGCAAUGCAGGGAUAUCAGCAGAAGCAUCCAUGACUGAUGGCCACCCAACCUCUGCUUAAAAACCCCCAAGGAAAUACCAUAUUUUUUGCUCUAUAGGACGCACCGGAUGAUAGGACGCACCCAGUUUGGGGGACAGGAGAACAAGAAAAAAAAUAUUUUGAAUCCCAGAAGCCAUAACAGCAAGAUACCGUGGGACUUCUGGGAUACCGUCUGGCUGUUCUGGCUUCUGGGAUAACCGCGCCAAGCCUCUUCAGGGCAGCGGGAUGAAGGCUCCCCCUGCCCGGAAGAGGCUGCGCACAGCUAAGGCAGAAGCCAGGGCAGGCGUGUGGCUGAAGCGUCGCUGCGCAGUUCAAGCGGAGCUGGAAAAGGACAGGCUUCGCAGGACAGGCGCGUGGCUGCGAAGCUGGAGGAGGAAUAGAAGGAGACCCUUCUGCUGCUCCUCCGGCUUCUAGGCAGGCGCGUGGCUGAAGGGGUGCUGCGCAGUUCUCCCUCUCUGAGCAACACCUCUCCUGUGAAGGAGAGGCGCUGCACAGAGAGGGAGAAGUGCCCAGCGCCCCUUCAAGUGAAGCUGGAAAAGAAACAGAAGGAGACCCUUCUGUUCCUCCUCCAGGUUCUCAGGACAGGCGCCUUGCUGGGAAUCUGGAGGAGGAAAAGAAGGAGAAAAAAAGUGUGUCCUAUGGAGCGAAAAAUACGGUAGUUUGAGCCUGUUCUUAGGUUCGCUUCCAGCGACAUACCUGAGGCCGGGGAGUUGUCCACGCACGUGACAGAAUGAGGUGGUCGAAUCCUGGCAAGGCAGCAUGGCCUGUGCCACUUCAGUCUGCAUAAGAACAUGAGAAGAGGCUGCAGGAUCAGGCCAGUGGUCCAUCUAGUCCAGCAUGUGGUUCUCACAGUGGCCAACCAGAGGCCCAUUGCGGUGUUAAGCUGUGGGCCAGACCAGGGGCGAAUGAAGGCGUCGUGACACCCGGGCAGGGCGUCGCUACGUAGGGCGCAUGUGCGGUGUCACUACGUAUGACACAUGUGCUGUACGUAGCGACGCUGCACAUGCGCUGUCCAUAGUGGUUUGCCAGCAGCAAGUUUUAUAACAUAUAACUUUUUUACAUUCCCCUUUUAAACUCACAGCGGUUAGCUUGUUGCAAGCUUGUUUAAGCUUCUCAAUAUUAGAUUCUUGUAAGGUAAAGGUAAAGGGACUCAUGACCGUUAGGUCCAGUCGCGGACGACUCUGGGGUUGCGGCGCUCAUCUCGCUUUAUUGGCCGAGAGAGCCGACGUACAGCUUCUGGGUCAUGUGGCCAGCAUGACUAAGCCACUCCUGGCGAACCACAGUAGCACACGGAAACGGCGUUUACCUUCCCGCCGGAGCGGUACCUAUUUAUCUACUUGCACUUUGACGUGCUUUCGAACUGCUAGGUUGGCAGGAGCAGGGACCAAACAACGGGAGCUCACCCCGUCACGGGGAUUCGAACCGCCGACCUUCUGAUUGGCAAGCCCUAGGCUCUGUGGUUUAACCCACAGCGCCACCUUCAUCCCUUUAGAUUCCUGGUAAUUUCCCUUAUAUCCCUUUUAAAAGAAUAGACACGACACAAUCUUGUGUAAAGUAUACAGUGGUACCUCGGGUUAAGUACUUAAUUCGUUCCAGAGGUCCGUUCUUAACCUGAAACUGUUCUUAACCUGAAGCACCACUUUAGCUAAUGGGGCCUCCUGCUGCCGCCGUGCCACCGGAGCACAAUUUCUGUUCUCAUCCUGAAGCAAAGUUCUUAACCUGAAGCACUAUUUCUGGGUUAGCAGAGUCUGUAACCUGAAGCGUAUGUAACCUGAAGCGUAUGUAACCUGAGGUACCAUUGUAUAUAAAAGAAGUUUACUCACACAUUCAGUUCACAGAUGGAUCCCUGAAGGCAGACUUAGUUACAAAGUAUAUACAUCUGGAAUCUAUCCCAUAUGGAGAUAGUCCCUUUGUCCUCUGUUGACUGGAAGCAUCUCUAGCUAAAAAGCUGUUGCUCCAACGAUGGAGGAAGUCAAAGAGUAUGCAGUGUGCCUUGUCCUUUUGUGUUACCUGGUCAGGUAAGGUCACGCCCACCUCUAGUCACAUGUAAGAGGAAGUAAGUCCCAGCCCAGGAGGAAACAGGAAGUUCUGACUGGCUGGACCAAACAUCCCCUUGCAUGUCCACUCUAGGAAAACAAGGGAUGUUGUACUUGACUGCUAUCUAUGUAUCACAUCCCACAUAAUUUUCUAAACUAUGCAUCUGUGUCUGGUUCUUGGUUGUUGUUGUUUUUUUGUUUUUUUUGUAGGAAUCUUUCAUUUGAUCCAGAUCAAGAAGGUCAAGAAACAAGAGUUCCGGCAAGAAGUGCAGAACUUCCGGCUAGUUUCCAGGACAAACGAAGGUAUGGUUGACCCGAGCAGAGCUUUCGAAGGUGGCUUGGCGGUUCAGAUCGGGUCCGUUUGGGGCUUUGCCAACACAGAAUCCCAGAGAGGUGGUGGUUUGGUAAAAAUGUUGUUAACUCCAGCGGGAGGAACAACCGAAAUUACAAAAAUGUAUUUAAUUCCCCCUCCCCUCUCCGUUGAAGCAUAAAGGUAAAGGGUAAAGGGACCCCUGACCAUUAGGUCCAGUCGUGGCCGACUCUGGGGUUGCGGCGCUCAUCUUGCUUUACUGGCCAAGGGAGCCGGUGUACAGCCACAGGUCAUGUGGCCAGAAUGACUAAGCCACUUCUGGCGAAUCAGAGCAGCGCACGGAAACGCCGUUAACCUUCCUGCCGGAGCAGUACCUAUUUAUCUACUUGCACUUUUGACGUGCUUUUGAACUGCUAGGUUGGCAGGAGCAGGGACUGAGCAACGGGAGCUCACCCCGUCGCGGGGAUUCGAACCACCAACCUUCUGAUCGGCAAGUCCUAGGCUCAGUGGUUUAACCCACAGCGCCACCCACGUCCCUUCCAUUGAAGCAUAGCUGUCAACUUUUCCCUUUUCUUGCAAGGAAUCCUAUUCGGAAUAAGGGAAUUUUUUUUUUAAAAAAGGGAAACGUUGACAGCUAUGCAUUGAAGCAGGAAAGAUGAGGUAGGAUUGCAAGACCAGUGGGGUUGGGGUUGGGGGGGGGAUGCAAUAAAAUUCAAAGACAAGCUACCUUGAAACAUUUGGCUUUCUUAGCUGUUGAGGUUAAUGCACACACCCCCAGACACUUUACUUUCUGGUACAGCUAACAACAUUGAAUGGGGGCUUCUUGUAAAACUAAGCAUGCCAUGCGCGGCAAAGCCCUCUUGGGAGUCUACCACUGAGAUUCCAGGUUGGGGUGUGUGUGUCUUGAGUGUUUGAAUGCUCCCCAGUGGAAAAUAACUCCUGGCUUGCAGAACACUAACAUGCCAGAGAAAGUUUGGAGUCUUUUGGUUAAGGGGGGGGGGAGAAGAUGCCUGGGAAUGAUAUGCUAGGGCAGCCUUAGUCAGCCUGGCACCUAAAUAAAUAAAUAAAUAAAUAAAUAUUAUUUAUACCCCACCCAUCUGGCUGGGUUUCCCCAGCCACUCUGGGCGGCUCCCAACAGAAUAUUAAAAACACGAUAAAACAUCAAACAUUAAAAACUUCCCUGAACAAGGCUGCCUUCAGAUGUCUUCUAAAGGUCAUAUGUUUAUUUUCUUGACAUCUGCCAGGAGGGUGUUCCACAGGGAGGGCGUCACUACUGAGAAGGCCCUCUGCCUGGUUCCCUGUAACUUUGCUUCUUGCAGGGAGGGAACCGCCAGAAGGCCCUCGGUGCUGGACCUCAGUGUCCAGGCUGAACAAUGGGGGUGGAGACGCUCCUUCUGGUCUACUGGACUGAGGCCGUUUAGGGCUUCAAAGGUCAGCACCAACACUUUGAAUUGUGCUCGGAAACGUACUGGGAGCCAAUGUAGGUCUUUCAAGACCAGUGUUACGUGGUCUUGGCGACCGCUCCCAGUCCCCAGUCUAGCUGCCGCAUUCUCUGUUCCCCAACAAACACUUCCCCAACCUGACAAGCACCGGAAAGAAACGGAAUGUGGGUGAGCUUCAAACCAGCUGCCCUUGCAGACUUAACCAGGUGCGAACACAUCGCCUUAAGAUAAAUAGAUAAAACUUUAUCUGCAUUAGCCAAUGGCCAUAGCAACAGUAAAACAUUACAGUAUACGCAGAAAAGGAGAUUGGAUAUAAGAGCACAAUUUAAAGUCCUGAAUCAGCCGUCAGUUAGUGGCCCUUAUUCUGACUGCCCCUGCUAUGAACCUAGCAACCUUUGCUGUUAUUUGAUAGAAGAAAGGCCAUUGUGGGAGUGGUUGAGUGCCCUGGGAUGGUUAGUAUGAGUGGGGUGAUGAUCUCGUUCCUCAGGUCUUUGGAAUCGACCCUCGAGUACCACAGAUGGCAAAACAUCCAGUCUUGCAAGUGUAAAAGCACGUCUGUAUUUUGGGAUAAUAAGUUUGUGCAGCUAUGGGGCCCGAGAAUCAAAAUGGAGAGGUGGAAAAUGAACAUACCAAGGGCAGAAUUUCCUUAUAGUGGCCAGGUCGUUCUGAUGCUCGAUAUCUUUUAGACAUUGACCAAUUAGACUGUUUGCUUUAGUGGGGCCCAUAGCGAGCAAGUGUUGUGGGAAUAGGCCACAAGAGUGAAGUUUUUGAUAGACGGUUUUAAGCCAGGCACUUUUAUGGGAGUCUUGAAGUACUAGGGAUAGCAAACUGGGGGGAUUUGAGUUUAGGCGGAGCAUAAAGUUAAGAGUUCUUUGCCAAGUCCGUACUUCUACUGAAGGGAGACUUGCCUCCAGUCGCAAUGCACAUUGCCUUAAGCUUGCAAUUUGUUCUGUUCUGCGCCCUCUUAGUCACUGGACUGCUGGACGUCUUUCUUCUGUCUCUGCACUUUACGGGACAUCAGAAGCUGCCAGAGACACCCGCUCACAUUUCGUCGAGGGCGGGUCGAGGGUUACGAAACCCCCACCCACGCUGAAUCGCAUCCCUUCCCGAGUCUAUAGAGCUGCUUGGUGUCUAAUAAUAUGCAAUCCAUCUGGCAUUCUGGGAAGCGGAAGAUGUGUCAGACGAAUCCAUUCCCCCUCCCCAUAUUAAAAAUAAUCCCCCAUAUUAAAAAUAGCUCCUGGAGAAUUCCUGGAAGAUAUGUAAGUGUUGUUACCAGAAACUGCAAGGACAGACUUUGCUUUCCUGUAGGAAUCAUUUGUUAAGAUUGCUUAAAAGGCCAGCAGACAGAUACCUCUCUAAGGUUAGCGAUUGUGUCAUGGCUGCUCCGGAACAUGAAAGACGCAGAACGUCAUUAAACUCUGGGACUCGCUCCUGCGCAUAGCUGUCAACAUUUUCCCUUUUUUAAGGGAAAUUCCCUCAUUCCGUAUAGGAUUCCUCACAAGAAAAGGGAAAAGUUGACAGCUAUGCUCCUGUGGGAGGCAGUGAUUUCCACCAAACUUUAAAAGAGAAUUGGAUAAAUUUGUGGAGAACAGGACCAUCGAUGGCUUCUAGCUAUGAUGUGGCUGUGCUCUGCCACCAUAGCUGGGAGACAGAAACGCUCCUGAAUACCCCUUGCUGGAAACUACAGGAAGGGAGAGGGCUUUUGUGCGAGAAUUUUCUGCUGUGGUCUAAACCCCUGAGCCUCUUGGGCUUGCCGAUCAGAAGGUAGGCGGUUCGAAUCUCCGUGACGGAGUGAGCUCCUGUUGCUCUGUCCCAGCUCCUGCCAACCUAGCAGUUUGAAACCACGCCAGUGCAAGUAGAUAAAUAGGUACAGCUCCAGCGGGAAGGUAAACAGCAUUUCUAUGCACUCUGGUUUCCAUCUCAGUGUCCUGUUGCACCAGAAGUGGUUUAGUCCUGCUGGCACAUGACCCGGAAAGCUGUCUGUGGACAAACACCGGCUCCCUCGGCCUGAAAGCGAGAUGAGCGGCGCAACCCCAUAGUUGCCUUUGACUUGACUUAACCAUCCAGGGGUAUUUUACCUUUUUACCUUUGGGGCAUCUGAUUGGCCACUGUCAGAACCAUAGGUGCCAACUCUUAAGGGGCCCAGGUCCCUCCGCCCCCCCCCAAUAAAAUAUUUGCAGUGGGGGGUCAACAGUCAGUUGCAGAGGAGGCUGAUCACAGCGUGGCUUGGCUUCAGUGGCUGCUGGGGAAUUCCCAGACAUGUCCGCUUUUGAGGGGGAGGGUCCUAUAUUCUCAUCCGGAGAGAAUUUUACAUUUUAAAGCAAAUGUCCUGGAUUUUGAGUUUUUUAACUUUUGCAUGCGUCAUCAACCCCCCCCCCCAUCUUCUGGUCAAGUUGGUGCCUCUGGUGAGGACAAGUUGCUGGACCAGAAAGACUGUUUAGUCUUCUCACCUUCUUAAUGUCUGCCACGAAUCUGUUUUAAACCCACAGACGUCCAUGACCUUUCCAUAUCUUGCAGCAAGUUUCCAUUUAAUGUUUGAAUAAUAAUAAUAAUAAUUUAUUAUUUGUACCCUGCCCAUCUUCUGGGUUUACCCAGUCACUCUGGGUGGCUCCCAACAGAAUAUUAAAAACACAGUAAAAGAUCAAACAUUAGAAACUUCCCUAAACAAGGCUGCCUUCAGAUGUCUUCUAAAAGUCAGGUAGUUGUUUAUUUCCUUGGCAUCUGAUGGGAGGGCGUAUCACAGGGCGGGAGCCACCACCGAGAAGGCCCUCUGCCUGCUUCCCUGUAACCUCACUUCUCGCAGGGAGGGAAUCACCAGAAGGCCCUCGGAGCUGGACCUCAGUGUCUUUGGUCAGCUCGAAUCUAGAGGCAGACUUGGAGAGGCCCUUGGCUGAAACCUUGGAAACCCACUGCCAGCGUGGUCCAGCCUUUGGCAACCUGGUGCCCUCCAGCUGUUUGGCACUACGGCUGCCCUGCCAAGUGCCAGGGCUGGAUCUACUAUGAAACUCAUGAAGCUGCGGCUUCUGGGCCACUAAUCCUGGAGCGGCCCCAGAUGCAACUUGAGUACACAUUGCUUAAAAAAAUUGGCGCAUGUAGACCCAAUUUGAGUCAUGCAACUCAAAUGAGUUAUUUUUGUUGUUGUGAAGAUUUCAACAAUCUCAGAGUCUGAGAGCCAGCAGCAAAGUUGUUCUAAAGGGGGUUGCGAUCUGUUCUGGAACAACUCCAUUGAAGAUGAUAUUGAUGGGACCCAAUGUUGCGAAGGGGCCCCCAUGACAAUUGAAGCUUCAUGGUCCCCAAAAUUUAGGUCCACCACGGCCAGAUGCAAGUGACAACGCUGGCUGGGAACGAUGGGAGUUGUAGUCAAGGCAUCUGGCGUUUCGCCAGGCUGCCAAAAUCUGGUGUUGGCAAUACCAAGCUAGGCGGACUCAAUGUUUCAACCUAGCCAAAGUCAUCUUUCUGCGUUCCUUAUAGAGGGCGUGUGGUUUGCGAAGGAAUAGAUUCAUUUCGCAAAAGGCGGUUCAUCUGCAGAAGGAGAUUCUCAUUUGCAAAAGGUCACGCUGCAAUAAAUUAGUAUUUAAAGUACCAGAGGAUCCUUUCUCUUUGCUAGCAUUUUUUAUUUUUUUUGAGGAUGGGGGAUGGGGGAGAGAUAAUAUUCUAUAAAUAGUUUAUUGCCCUUAUAGGGUAUACGUUUCAUGGGAAUAGUGAGUAAUGAAUAUCCUUCUAUCUUCUCUCAGCUUACUGGAACACGUUCCUGGUGCAAGGCCCAGAGGCGAAGAUCUCCGAAAGUCCGGACAGAGAAAUUAAGAACUUGUAAAAGAUUUGGGGGUGGGGGGUGGAGUCUAUUGAUAUUAAUAUAUAUGGGGGAAAGUUGCCUUAUUGAGUAAACUAUCGCCGCAGAAGCAGGAAAGACAAUCUGCAACCAGCUUUGUGAAAAUGCCAGCAAAUUAACCCCUGGGAAUGAGGACUACCAACAUGGCUGCUUGACUUCAUCGCUUUAGAUCCAGCCGAUGCACCCAGCCUUUCCAAAUGCUGCAAGAGUGAAUGGAUGGCUCUUUUGCCUGCUUCCUGUGAAGGGUAGUGGGGUUGCAGGGAGAACCAAGAAAGAUGCUUUAACCUUUUAGGGGAAGGGGAGACUGAGGGGCUGCCACUUCCUAUAGAGCACGUAGGAAACCGUCACAAUAGAGCUUUGAUUCUGCUGUUUCACCGAUUGUUCUGGGAUAGCAAAGGGCAAAUAGGAAGAGGGUUUCCGUUGCAGAAACGGAAUAUUUUUCAUUUGCCUCCCAGCCGCUCUGUCGGAGUCUAUGUGUCGCUCGAGGUUUUGGGUGCAACCAAGAAUUGAUGAAACUCCAAACCUGCAAGUUUUGUCAUCCGAUGCCGGAAUUUGAAGUCUGAAUUCAGGAACUGGAACAGGCAUUCCAAAAUUCAAACGAUCUCCCCUGGAUACUUUGACAAACUGCACUUUAAAAAGCCCAUUUUCCUUCUGCCUCUCAUUUGAAUUUUGAAUGUAAACCUUAUGUCAAGUGCUUUUGUUUUGUUUGGGUGUCUGGCGCAGAGGUUGCCCAAAAUUAACCCCGCCUUGGCAUUCGGCAAACUCAUCCCCAUUCCCCCGCUACUUUACCCUAUGAAAAGCGUUCUUCAGAAAAGCAGUUUGCACAACCCACCAAGGAAGAUAAUAACACAACUAAAUUCAAAACAGUAGCAAUUGCACAUUUAUUCCAAAGUCAAUUGAAACGAUUUAGUUUAUUAUUUUUAUUUAUUAAAUUUGUAUACUGCCCUUCAUCCGUAGAUCUCAGGGCAGUUCACAGCAUAAAAACACAAGAUAAAAAUAGCAAAUACAUAGCAAAGCAAAACAAUAACCCCCUUCCCGCUGCCGCCAACCCCCCAAAAUAAGCAAAAUGGAU